GUCUGAUGUGUCUGUCAGCCAAUGGCAGAGCAGGAUGGCUGCUACUGUCCCGCCCCCACCUCCCAGCAGAAUGUCCACUGAAAGUUCCAUACAACAAACAGAGCCAGUGUGUGCAGCCAGGAGGAGGAAGAGGAACUGCAGUCAUUCUGCCCAGGUACUCAAUGCUGUCUCUUUAAGGGAAGGAGCUGCUGGGAUUGGGAUUUCAUAAUAGCAAAUACUCCUUUUAACCCCUUGAGUGCCAGAAAGCUAUUCCCUCCCCCAACCCCCAUCCCUUCUGAUCACUUUCAUUCCUUGUGAGCAAGGGGUUAAACUCCCAUUGCUACAUUGUUUCUUAUUGCACUAGAGGGGAUCAAGGGUCUGACUUGCCUUGGCUUGCUGCCCUCCUGCUUUAACCUUUUCAGUGCCGGGGUGUGUGCAGUGAUUCUGGCAACGAAAAUAUUCAUUCAGGAAAGUUUUUUUUUGUUUUGUUUUUUCCUGAUUUAUUUUUUUUUUAAUUUUUUUUAAUUAUUAUAUAUUUUUUAAUUUCCAUCCUCCCCAUCCUAGCCUAAAGUCUGCCCUGAACACGGCUAAGCUGAUAUAUAUUUAUCUAUGCAAAGUUGUAGAAUAGGAAGUGAAUAAGACGUUGUAUUUGUUUAACCUUAAUUUUAAUUUUGCCAAGUUGGCAUUCAAAUCAUUAUUUUUGCUUAGGGCUGCCUUUGCAAUGUCAGAUGUAUGUUGAGCACUGAGCAAAUCCUGCAUCUGCAGUCAAUUCAACACAACUCUUUGUGCUUUUAUGUCUAUCAUCAUCAUCUCUUUAAAUGUAUCUCAGAAUGUAAAUGGGGAAUUAUAUAUAAAUUACCGAAUAAGAACAGAUACCUUCAUUUAAUGAACCCCAGCUCUGCUCUGGAAAGGUGUGUGUCUAUAUAAUAGGCAGACUGCAAAAACUACAAACAAGCCCUGCACCAAUAAAUAUAGGGCUGCUGAUGGUAUGCCUAUUCUAAAGGCUUGCUUUGUGUUUUAUAUAAAGAUUGUAAUUAUUGCCAUAGAAACGUAUUCAGAUAAUUACAUCCCUAAUCUGGCAGCAUGUUAGAACAACAUGAGUCUAUUACCAAUUGUCAGUGUUAGUUUUUCAAUUUACAUUCAGGACACUUGUGUAAUUUCUGGACAGUUUUGCAAUACCAUACUGAAUUUGUCUGCUGGAAGGCCAUUCCAUGCAUGCACUACUUCCUCCAUAAUGUUAUAUAGACCCUACUGCUGCUGAUUAAUAUAUACAUUCUUAUUGGGUUUUUUUUUAAAUCGCAUCUAUUGAUUCUCAUUGUUUCAUACAUUUACACAUUUUUAUUUGCAACCUAAAAGGUUCUGCCCAUGCAAUUAGCAUGAUUUAGUUGCUGCUAAGGGGGGAAUGCGGAGUGCCCCAUUCUCAGUUAUUUUCAGUGGUUAACCUUUGCUGACUGCGUUUGUGACGCAUUCCGAACAAUGCAAUUGGUUGCCAUUCAUUUCAGUUGCUGUUGUUCGUGAAACAGGGGCAAGAGAUAAGUUUUUACAGUGGGAAAGCUGUUAAAGUAAUUUUAUGUUAUUAACGCUCAGCUACUAGUGGACCAAGGAAUGACUGUUCUGUGCAUUCAUAGUCACUGAUCUUUCUCCUGAUGCUUUAUGUCCAAAUAAAGGGUUUCAAAAGGGCCUAAGCCCGGAGCUGUUGACCUGCAGCCUAUAGCUACCGAAAGGGAAAAAAAGCAAAAGAAAAGUCUGAUAUUUUUAUUUCCACAACUAAAUUAGAUAAUGUAAUCAAUGCUUAUCUCAUGUCAGAUUCUAUAAUUGACAGGUAUUUAUGGUCCAGACAAAAUCUACACAACUGGAAUAACGCACUGAAUGAUAAAUUGUGGUAAACUGAAAAAGGAGUUACACCAUUUCGGCAAAAAUUUAAAAAAAGGUUUUGACUUUACUUUUGUAAUUCAGAUAGUAUAUCAUCAAUGCUUUACACGGCUAUCCCAGGAUGCAAAGAGAAAGGGCUGUCGCACUGUGUGGGUUAGCCAAGUAUUCCUUGGCAGCAGAGCUAACAUUCCAAUUCUUUCUCUUUUUUGUUCCAUUGCCCCUUAGAAAGAGAGCAGGUAGGCGGCGGUCAAUAUUGUGAGGUAGGGAUCCUAACUCUGUCCAGUUGACCGUAACACGCCUGACUGGGAUGUCAUUGUGUUGACAGGACGUAGAGUUGCGUGUGAAUUUUAUUUGGAAGGCGUUAUAUUUACAGUCCUUCUGUGAAAUCGUUACCUCAACCAGUUUAUUUUGCCCAAGGAUAGUGGAGAUAAAUUUUGAGCUGACACAUCAAAACUAUCUUGUUCCACCUAGCAAAGUGCUGUUCUAACUCUGCUCAUAAUUCGUGCUCAUUAUCUCUAUUUUUCACUAGUGAAUUUAAAUAAAGCGAAUUGUGGAAUUCAUGUACUAUAGUUAAGCGGAGUUGGAGAAUCUUUUCAAAGCAGCAUGUUUUCCUUACUCUGUCAAAUCACUUUUUUAUUUUUUGUGAGUUAAACCUCUUUAACUGCUUUUCAGAGGUGAUCAUAAAUCCUCUGUCGCGUAAACAAACAGAACAUAGACUGAUAUGAGUCUGGGAGCGUUAUCAAACCUCAGGGUUAAAAUGUACACAAACUGCACAAGAAGAAAUUAAUAAUAAUACAUUUUAGUGAUGCUAUCUGUGUUGCCAUGGUGAUGACAUCCCAUUUUAUCUUAAGGUUCGGAGUGUCAUGAAAUGUAACUUUUCACUUUAUUUUACAGGUUUUCAAAGCUUAAAUAAGCAAAGGGUUGUCCCUUCCCAUCCGUGCCUGGAGCAAGAUGUCCACUUCUAGUUACCGGGAAAAUGGCAGCGUCUCGGAUAGGGACAAUGUCUUCAUUGAACGCGUGAGGAAGUACAGUCCAGUCACCAAGAUGGUUCAAGUUCUGGAUGGCAAUUCUGUUCUCCCAAUGUCUCCGAGUGCUCAUUCACCUGGUCCUAGCUUUCAGACGAUGGCAUGGGGCCAAGAGCCAGUUCAUCAUAUUCAGGUAAGAAACAAAAUCCUAGUUCUCAAAUUUAAAAGAUUUUUUUUUUCUUAAUGUAAUUUGACACUUGUCUCCUUAUAAUCGCGUUCCAUGGAACGUAAAACAUAUUGGUGAAUGGUUCUAUCCGCAUGGAACGCAAUUUAAUAGACUAGUAUCAGGAUUAAAGGUUUCAUUAUACACAGGCAUGUGGAUAAGAAUCUUUUAUUUUACUUCUUUUUUUGUUUAUUUGCUGUAACUCUUAACUUAAUUCAACAAUUCUCAAACUUGGUGGCAGAUUAAAUCCAAGAAGUAACCAUAGCCCAUAAAUAUAUUGUAUAUUUGGGCAGAUCCAUCGCUGGUGGUAGAAGGUGUCCACAAAUCCUUGAAGUUGUAGGUCUAUCAUUGUAUUUGGAAAGGAUGUGUGGUAGGCUAUGUCUGUUUAUUAUACUAAGGUUGUACUGUUGUGUUGAGUAAGAAGUUUAUGAAUCAAUGCAUUGUUUUUUUCUCCUUAUGUCUAGAUUAAAUCCAUGUUGAGACAAGUUUUGUAAUAAUAAGCACCAGAAACUCAGUAAAUAAAUCACACAUGUUCUUUAAUUUGAGACCUAGAACCAUGUGUGAACAUUUUAUUUAUUUGUUGUGAUUCAUCUUCAUUGAUUCAACCAUUGAAGAAUCUCACAACCAUGGAAUACCCAUUCACAGUAAUAAGUCAAGUGAUGCAGUGUCUUGCAAUACCUGUUUGUUGGACAAAUGAAUGGAACAAAGAUCUUUAGGGAGAUCCCACCCCUCUGCCAUUCCCCUUUAUUAUAUCUUCAGCAUAGACUUAAAGGGACCAACUUAGACAGAACUUAUACCAGCAUGCCCAAUUACAGAUUUUGAGAAUUUUGACUCUCAGUUCAGUCUCAUUUUGUUACAUCAAUUGAGUUUACCUUUUGAUUUAUUCUGACCAGCAAAUACAGCUACUCCCAUCACCACUAUCCACAUUUUAUCACAUUUGUUUAGAUGUGUGUUGUUUAUAUUUAUGAUUUUUUUUAUGAUGAUACCCUUUUGGUAUUUCUUUAGUUUUAUUGUUUUCAGCGUCACCCUAUUGUGGACACUGCCUAAUGGUCGUUUAUAUCUCUGAAUUUUUGUUCUAUGAACCUACCUGUUUCUUUAAAUAAUGGAAUGAUCCCAGAUCCUUGUAAACAUCCUUAAAUGGACACUAUAGUCACCAGACCCCCUACCGCUUAAUAUAGUGGUUAUUUUUAAUGUUUGCAUUGCUGCCUAUUAACACCUCUAGGUGCAGUCACUGAGACAACCACUAGAGGUGCUCCCUAGUCCAGUGCUGCACGGUGUGCAGCACGUACAUUCAGCGUUUGCACACUCUGCAAACAUGAUACAUUGUUGUCUUUCUACUUAACAUGAGCAUGUAAAUAUUGACAUUAUAUUUAUAAUUACCAUAUCAACGCGUUGUUUGCAGAGUUCUUCAGCUUGCUUUGCAAAAUGCGUUGCUACAGGGAGCUGAGAUUUUAUAUUUCAAUGUUAAAUGGCAUUGGAAAGCAACAUUAGAUAAUCCAGUGGUGUCUAACGUUAAUGUCUUUUAGUAAUACUACUUUCUUCUUUGAAUAAAUACCUCCUCUAGGGAAAUACUUCGUUUCCUUCAGUUUCAGCUUGUCUGUAGUUUGUUUUUUGUUAAUAAGAUCCCAGUCUUUUAGAAGAAAACUGCCACACCUUCUGGUCUCUCGUGGACACUAAUAAUGAGAUGUCCUGUUUGUGUUACUUUGUUUACUUGGGGGUUUACAAAGUUGCACAGCUUAAAAGAGACUUCAAGUUCAGCCUUUCUCACAUCUGUUUUUGUUGUUGAUCCAAAAGAAUGCAAAAAAAAAAAAAAAAUCAGUCAAUUUUGCAACAAACCUUAAAAACAUCCUUCUUGACCCCAAAAUGGUGGUCAGAUAUCUCCUUCGAUCAAGGAGCUAUUAACCCACUAAUUAGAAAUUAUAUCCCUGUAUGUUAUGUUUUUGCAAGUAUUUAUCCAAUUGCUGUUUAAACAUCUGUAUGGACUCUGAUAAAACCACCUCUUCAGGCAGAGAAUUCCAUAUCCUUAUUGCUCUUACUGUAAAAAAAAAUAAAAUAUGUUUUGCCUUAAACUAAAAUGUCUUUCUUCCAGUCUAAACGCAUGACCUCAUGUCAUGUCAUGUACAGUCCUGUUUAUCUACUAAAGUUGGACUUACAGGAAAUAGAAAGUGCGAUUGCAAAGUUUAGGUCAAAAUUGGCAAGUUGGAUAAAAGGCUUGGCUGGAGAAUUUACUUAGUUAUUCCCAGUUUAGAGAACGAAUUGGAAACUGGAUUGUAAUUCUACACCGCUGGGCUGUUUUGGCCUAAAUCUUGCAAUUUUGUGUUCUGUGCACUACAAUUCAUGGUGCAUAUUUAAAGGUAUGAGAGUAUAUAAAUUAUUUAUUAUGUUAAAAAUUACUUACAGGGCUAUUCAGAACAGUGAGAGUUGCCAGGAAUUCAAAGUGAAUUUUCAAAACGUAGCUAACAAUAGCCAAAUUAGAAAGAUUCUCCAGGUCAGUUGGGCUUUCAGUUGAGAUACUUUGCCUUUUGGCUAUACAGGUACUGGCGGAGGCUCAUGGGAGGCAUAGUUUGAAAUCAGUUGGAAUUCAUUUGUUGGCAAACAUUAGAACUUAAAUUGUUCUUUUUAAAUUCAGCUAAAAGGCUUUGAAUUUCUAUUUUGUCUGCUAGUUAUUCAGUUUAUAUUUCUGCUUUAACAGAAGCUUUUACUGUUAGAAAUACAAAGAUGUAUUCCUAACACUAAAGGGUCAAUCUGCCCACCCCCACCCACAUUGCAGCCUUCUCUGUUGCCAAGUAAAGGGAGAAAUAGCCCUUUUUUAUUUACCUGAUUCCAGCGCCAAAGUCCCUAAGCACCAGGUCGGCCUCUUCCUCCACCGAGUUCAGCCAAUAAACCUAAUGCACAUGCAAGGCUUGCGCCACCAACACAUUAUUCCUUCACCAUAGGAAGGCAUCGAGUCAGUGCUUUCCUAUGGGGUCUUAGACACUGGACAGCCUCAUGCGCAGCGUCAAUUCAUGGAGUUAAACUCUGUGACUGGCCAGGAAGCCGCUUUAGUGAGUGUCUGGUAGACAGCCACAAGAGGCAGUCUUAACCCUUGCUCUAAAACUACUUUUGCAGCUUCAGGAAGAGGACAGGGACCGUGUGCCCACACCACUUCAGUGAGGUUAAAUGGUCUGGAUGCCUAUAGUGUCCCUUUAAUAAACAGGAUGUAAAGGUUGCACAGUCAGGUCCACAGGUUUAAGCUAGACAGUGUGUGUAUGUGUGUGUGUGUGUGUGUAUGUGUGUGUGUGGACUUUUAAAUACACGAGAGUGCUGAUACCUGCUUUCAUGGAUGGAUACUACUAGCCAUGCUAUGCGAGCACCCGGAUACUAAGGGACUUUAGCGUGAGUCCAAGAGCCAUUUUCUUUUUUUCUAUGUAUGUGUGUAUACACAUACAUACAGAUUAAUAGUCUUGUGGAGGCUUGGAUAUUCAAUCUUGACAGACCCAAUGCUCUGUCACUUGAAAAUAAAUGUUACAUUAAUUGUGGAUAAAAAACAGUCUAUAGAUUGUGUUAAUAUGUUCCCUAAUUAGCUGAGCAUUUAAAAUAUAUUCAUAAUGGAAUUCUACAUACAUCUUCCUGUUUCUUUCAUUUUGUAUUUACCCUGUUUACAUGAUUGGCUGAUGGGUUUGCAUCCUGUAGUACGUUUUAUAACUUUUCUAUCGCUCGGGAUGAAGGCGGAGGGUUACAUUUACCUCCAAUGUUCCAAACAUUAAAUGUUGGCUAGAAUGUAAGGAAGGGUCAUGUGUUAUUAUAUGCAUAGUAUAUUAUCAUAAGACACUGUCACAUACCCAGCUAAAUUGCAAUAACACUCCCCCUAGACAUUAUAGUCAGUGAAGUGCUGUCAUAUCAGAUGAAAAGUGAUGAUGGUCACUAACAGGGCUAUUCACUGAAUGAAGUCUAAAUGAUUGGAAAUGAAAGUGGAGUCAAGGUGAAUUUAUGAUUUUUGACUGAAACUGAUGUAAGAAUUCUCCUGGUCAGCUAUGGUUUGAAUUCGGCCAUAAUAAAAUUGGAAGAUUUAAAAAUUUUAUGAAACACUAUAAUGUUAGGAAUACAUAUAUGUAUUUUCAACACUACAUACAAACAAUAGUUUAGGUCCCCUCAUCUCUAUGAAAAAAAAAUGAAAUAAACAAAUAACUCACCUUUUCUCUAGCGCCUAGUCUCCCUCGAUGCUGCCAAGCCGCCCGCUUCCUCGUCGAGGAGCACAUAUGCUCGCUGCAAUGCUUCUAUAAUGCCUCCAAAGUGAAUAAUUGAAUACAAUGAUUCUCUAUGGCAGACUGUGGCGGCACUGUGUUGUAAUGAAAUGAUAUAUUACGGUAUGAGAGCAGGGAAGUAAGCCAGAUUGCUUGGAAGUGUGGUUCGAAGCUGCGAUUUCAAGCCUUCCAUUUACUUUAAUUUUGGAUUUUAUGAAGUAGGACGGGGUGGGGGAAAGCAGGACCUGCAGGCACUAUAACAGCUUCAAUAAGAUGGAGUUGUUAAAGUGCCUCCAGUGUCCUUUUAUUAUUAAUGGUGUUUGUCAACAUUCUAUAUAUAAAAUAUUCAUCUGGUUUCCAUGGUGACCGCUUUGCCUCAAAACUCGUCCUUCUACUUUAACUGCUUUUUGUGGGAUGCACUAUGUUUAUCAUUCAUGGUUGACUAACCAUGGUGUGAGUUGAAGGCCACAGGUUCUAGACAGUUUGAUGACAUAUUAUUGGCUUUGUUUAUAGUUUGUCUCCUGGCUACUCUCUCCCACGUUGGACUAUAGCCACGUGUGCUUUAGAAAGCAAAUUGUAAAAUAAUAAGAGUGGCAUAUUCUAUUUCUACCUGCAGUUUGUAGCCCUGGAGUAUCCCCGUCUGCGCUGAGUAUUACAAAACUGACAGGGUUAUUCACAAAACUUCUAAACUGACAUUCAAAUUACAAUACCUGGGCUGAAAUAGCCAAGCCGUCUCUAUUGCUGAGUUGGAGAAUAGUUUUUUCCAGACCCGCUAUUGUUGCCAAAUGGUUUCCAUCUCGAUUUAACUUCAACACUUCAGUUUAUUGAAUAGACCCCACAGGGUGUAGCUUGAAAUGUAAAAAUGCUGGUCUUUAUAAUGCACGCAUGCAUUGCCCCGCUCUGUUACAGAAAUAAUAAGUAAUACAGUAGCACAUUUUAGGAUCUGUGCUUUGAGUGUAGGCUACUCGCUGGGUUAAAGGGCUUUGCCCCAAAUCUGGAGGCCUUGUCUCCUUUACUGGUAGGACGUCCUCUGUCAUGCAAGCCUCCUCCCCAAGCCCAGGUUUUGGAAAUGAAGUGUAAGAUAGGUAUUAUAUAGAAAUACUGAAUUCCUACUCUGCUUGAUGUAUUUUAGAUAAUUAAAUAAUAAAACAAAUCAAUUGGCAGUGGAUUUAGAAUGACACUGACAUUUAAUAUAAUAUCGGUCAUUUAAAGGAACCGACUGGGUUAAUUUUGGGUAGUAGUUUCCCUUUUUCCCAUUACCAGCGGUAAAAGGCAAUUUAUUAUACAGUUCCCACAUCUGUGUAAUAAAGGACACAUUAUAUAGGAGAAUGGAAUUUAAACGUGGAUGUGUCUUGAGGCUUCUAGAUGGGAAUGAAUGAAGAAGAUAACAAUUAGACUGAAAAUCUGUACUGUUGGUAAAGGCAAGGUAUGGACAAAAAAGGGGGGAGGGGGCAAAAGGAAAUGUUUGGUGUCUAAAAUGUGAAAGCUUUGCAAAACAGAUUCUAUUACCAGAAAAAAAACUUUGCAAACUGCAAGUACAGAAAAUUGCACAGAAAACGUAACAGUAAAGAAAAAGUGUGUGUGUGUAUAAUGCAUAUAAAUAUAUAUAAUACAGGGGAGGUACACAAAAGGCACAAUAAAUUUAAUUUAGUCAGGGUUAUUCACUAAAGUGAGAAUUCAAAGUGAAAACGUCUCUGUCAGCUAUGCUGUCAAUACUCCCUAUUUAAAAUUAUGCGUUAUUAAUUAUGCAUUUUUUGUUUUUUAAACUGAGAACAUAUCUAAAAAACAGCUGGCAAAAGCUGCAGAUCUUUUAUCCUCCCUUUGUAACUCUGCCCAGACUUUCUGUGUCUGUCUAAUGACAGACUUCCCAAUGCAGCUCAAUGAGAAGUCUUUGCAAGGCAGGUGCUCUGGGCAAUUGCUGCCUCUUGAGUUUAGCUCCACUGAGCUAACCAAACCAGGAAGUAACAGGUCCGGUUGUCUGAUUGACAGCCGGGGGGGAGGGACGGUGUAACCAGGUUAAUUCAUAAAAGUGCAAAUUUCUAUAGACAUCUGCAUUUUUUAUAAAAUAAAAAAAAUAGAGGAUACACUCUUCAUAUAUAAUGCAUUUCAGCUAGCUAAACUGCUUUAAGUAUGUCCCUUUAACACUUCGGGGCUUGAUGGAAAUGUUGCUUUGUGAAAACAGAGAUUGUUUAUCUAAAAGUGGAUGUUGUCCAAGGCAGCAAGAUAGCAGUGAGAGCUCUGGCAGAAGAGACCCUAGAGUUUGCAAGACCUUAGGCGAAACGUGAAUAUGAGGCCAUGGUUGAUGCGCUCAUAUUGACAUCAAGGCUCCCGCAAGUGUGAGACCUUAGGUUGCUGCCUAACUGGCCUAAUUAUAGAGACACUUCUGAGUUAAGCUUUAAACUGCUCCAGGAGGGACUGUUAUAAUUAACAAUGAUCUCUAUGCCAAGUAGACACUUACAGUAACAUACCAAAUGUAAGUAAUUUUAGCAUUUGGAGUGCUAGGAUGUUGGAAUAAAAUGUGUUGUAUAUAGAGGAGAAUAAUCUCAAUUUACAUUAAUAGUGCGUACACUGCAUGACGCAUGUCCGUGUGCAAUCUAUCCCAUGCAAAGUCUAAAAUAUCUGCUGUAAUGUUACAGCAUUACAGUGUUCAAUGGGAACUCUUUUUAAAGUGACCCAGUGAACCCAAAACACAACCCCGGAGUACAAUGUUUUUACAUGGUCAGAUCAAAGUUAGUUUGUUUAUCCAGCUCCAUAUUCCUGUGAAAAAUGUAAAGAUCACGAGUUAAUGUGUCUUGUAAAGAAUUCUGUUAACCGUUUAAUGCCACCAGCCAAUAUAGUGAACUAUGAGGGUUUUCAUCCGUUCUGUAUCUCUGAAUAUUGGGGCCCUAAAUCUCUCUUCCUCCUCCCUGCCAUGGUGCCUUCUUCCCUCGAAGCUGCUAUUUUUUAUAUGUAUAAAAAAUAUCUAAAUGUUCAUCAUUAAUAAAGCCCACAAUAUGUGUUUCAAAUGAAAUUAACUUUCAGUAAAGAUCGACUCCAGGAGCUUUAAGACUGUCAUUAUGCCAUGAAGUCACGUUAACGAGGAACUUUGUCACAUCUGAGAUUUUUACACAUCUUUAAAUAAAAGUUACUUAUGGGUUAUGCACACUUCUAACGUUUUCCUGCUUCGGAGGGGCAGUCCCUAUUUUGGGCCCGAAUCCCUCUGUCCCUUUUUCUACCCUAAUGUCCCUCUUUUCUAUGAGGGGGUCCGUAAUGUUGGUGUGUCUGAGCUCCACAGCAAUAAUACUCCCAGUAAUGUGUCUUUAAACUACAGUAAAUGUAUUUAGUAAUCAGUCUAUGUAAACACGAUACAUUGUUCUAAAUUUAGCAUACAUUGCUAUUAGUAAGUCUCCUAAAAUUUCUCAGUGCAACCUCACCCUUGGCCAUACCCCUGCUCACACCCCUAAAAUUAAAGAGUCUAUUUGAACUGUAGAAAGUAAUGGUAAUACAUUUUUUUUUUCUCUGUACCGUAUUUCCAUUUUUAUAUAUUUUUUCCUUUUAUACCUAAUUUAAUGUUUAUUCUAUAUCUGGAUGUUGUGGCACGGCCAGAGAAUGCCAUGCAAACCAUACAGGUGCACGUGAUACUAUUUAAGGUAUACCUACAUGCAUAUGCAAUCUCACAGCAAUUCUCUGUAGAUACCUGAGCACACAUGAGUAUGACUGCGAUAUUAUGGGGUAAUGUUGUCACCUUUGACACAGAAGUGUUUCAAAGGCUUUUUUUUGGUAUUAUUUAUUUUUUUACUCUUACGUCUACUGUACUACAAUAGUAUUUACAGGUUAUAGGGGCAGAUGAUCUAACACAUCCAGUGACAGUUCUGCUUUAAAAUACCUGGAGUUGCUCAGCCUACCUGUCAACCUGCAGUCACACCUUUUAAAGCAAACGUGUCCACUUUGUCCAUUUUGAAACAUUGGCAGGUGUGACACCUACACAGGUUCCCUGGUUUAUAGCUCUAAUAUAGUGCAGACUGUAUAUUCUUUGCAGAUUAAAGGUAAGGUGCGGCACGUACAGGAAUUGAUGAUUGACAACACUCUUGAUAAGGGCUUGUUUCAGUCUUUUUUUAUUUGUUUUUUGUGAUUCAACACCCACUGAGGUUAUAGGUGAGGCGGUUUAGUUUUUUUCGAGUGUGUUUUGAGCACUUGUGCCUGCCAUCGAGUCUGCGGAAAUAUCAGACUGCUGUGCAAACGGUGGCUCCUGGGACAGCAGCAUUUAAUUUUCUUAAAGGAACACAGAGAGAGGGUUAAUUCUUUGGCUCAAAGUUCUAAAAGUGGAUACUUUUGGGUAGGGCAGCUCUGGAAACACUUGCUACAUUCUGAGGCUGAAUCGAAUACGUUAUGGACGGCAGAGGAUAUGUGCAAAACCACGUUUAUACAACAGGAAGAAUACUACAGGUAAAAACAAAAUUCAAUCCUUUCUUUCUUUCUUUCUACUAGUAUGCUGGCUAACAAUGUAUACAAUAAUUUUACAGAUUACAUUGCAUUGCCUACCUGAAAAGGAUCUAACUAUUCCGAGUUUUACUUUAAAUGGCUGUCCAUUUAACCCCUUAAAGACCAAACUUCUGGAAUAAAAGGGAAUCAUGACAUGUCACACAUGUCAUGUGUCCUUAAGGGGUUAAAGAGCCAAUCCAUGCACCAUAACCACUACAGUUUAUAGUAGUUUAUGCUGCAUAGAAUAUUUAGAUGCAGCCUUUCUGGGGUUUUUGAGCCACCUCCAGUUCUCCAAAUGUGCCAUUGCUAUACAAAUUUGGAUGGACUUUUAUGAAUUUUGUGUAACUGAAACAUUAGCUAUAUCUUUGCAGCAGCAAAAGGUCUGGUCUUUGGAUGCCUGGAGCGCCCUGGUUUUGUCAAAGCGCUUGCUUUAGUAAAAACAGCGUGACAAAGUCCUGAGGCAGUGCACCCAAAGACUCCUUACACCAUAACUACUUUAAUACAAGCUGAGGUGGUUAUGGUAUUUGAAGUGCCCAUUUAACAUUAAAUAGAAGUUUAGAGUCUCUCAAUUCUGAGUUUUCAUGAAAAACAGAAUUAGAACUAAUUGGAGAGCCAAGUUAUUUACUAGUCACAAUAAUCUAUAGUCCUUUUUAUCCUUUAUGUUGUUUAUGUGCGUCCUAAGGAAGCAGAUGGCUGAGCUUCAUGAGAUGCAUAGUCCACAGGAGCUAGGUGGCAAUGUGUCUGAUUGAUUCAGGGCUGAAGAUUUUUGCAAUAUCUGGGCCAAACUUACUUUACAUUCCUAUCCUGUUGUCAGCCAGCCUCUCCCUUUUUUAGCAAACUAAAUGCUUUUUGUUCUAGUAGAAAGUGAAAAAAAAUAAAUCUGUCUUCAUGUUUUUGUUUUUUCUAACAAGCAACCAUUGUAUAGUGGUGUUACACCCGCCACAGGAUUCCCCAGAACAAUUGAAGUUAGGGAGCAUAGUCCAUUGCUGUCUGGUCUGCAGCUCUCCAACCACACCUGCUGGCACAGGUCCGAAGCAGAGUAACAGGUGUACUAGCUUGAGCAAGAAUCUCCGAACCUACAGAGAUAUUUCAGGUGCAAUUGGAAUAUCCAGACUUGGGGGCUGCUUGCUAAAGCCAGAAUGCCACUGUUCGGGUUAGCAAAAAUAAUCUGGAAAACUGCCCGGGGGUUUUCUGACUGCAAAAUCUUUACAUUAUUUGCAGAGCAUUAUAAAUGCAUUUUAUCUGAUUUAUUUCAAGUAAUUAUACUUUUAAUUAAUAUGAUUUGAUGUUUUUAUAUACAUUCUAAACCUUUCUCAGCUGGCUGGGUGCAUGUAUCGGUUUUCAGUAGGUUCGCCAGAUUUUUUUGAUUAAUGUGUGACUCCCCUAUAAUCCACAUAAGAGAAUGGCAGAUUGUAAAACAGACACGGGAUGGUACAGAAUGAGAUGUGGUUACUUAGGUAAAAUAACUGGAUUUGCUUUUCGUAAAUCUGCAAAUUGCAAAAUCAGUUGAACUUUGAUUAUUUUUCCAGCCUGAACCAUAUUCAGACGUUAGUGAUUAACCCGACAAUAUCUAAUGAACACGACUUAGCCAUGAACGUUUCAUUUAUUGUGUUUGUUUUUUUUUAAUUCUUUAUUUAACGGAAAAAAGGUUUUUCCGUUUCACUCACCUCAAUAAACAAUAUGCCAGUAUACACAGUUUUAGGAGUGAUGAAAGGUAGAUUUUCAAAUGACCAUAAAAAAGAAAAGUGUCUAAGAUCUGGAUUACAGCCAAGUGAUUUUGAAUUUGUAUUUUUGUUUUCAAGGGAUGGCCCAUUAAUCUUAUAGUGGGUUCCAAACCAAAAUAUCAAAUUAAAAAUGUGAAUAUAAUUGUCAAACAUUCUGUUGUGUGAUGCUCUUGUUGUCAUUGUUAUUAGAACCUGAACAGUGUUUCUGUAAUACCAGUAAAGUGUUUAUAUAUUUUUUUAUGGUUUUAAUCAAACCUUUUUCCUUUUCUCGUAUCUCAGUUUACUUAAUUUGUAUCGUGUUAAAGUUUAUUUGCAACUGGUGGCAACUUAGGUAAAUCUAUUUUGACUUGGUGUAUCGAGGAACAGAUGGCAUACAGGGAAGGGAACUGACUGGCAGACUUUGCCAAUUCCAGUUCUUAAAAUGUCACAGUGUAACAAACAGUGUAUCUGACUUCCUAGUGUAGCUGAAGUAGGUAGCAGGAUAAAAUGAUAAACUAGUAGUAUAACCGCUGACGUGGGCGUACUCACAGUUUGAAUUUGUAACGUCCUAUUGAGGUGUUCAGUUUUAAUAACUGUGGCUCACGUGUUUGUGUGUGAAUAAAUUGUCUGCUUGGCUGGGUGUUGGCACAUGGCUUAAUGAAUAGUGUGUGGCCUCUCCCAGUAUUACUACAUCCCUUAAAGAAACAGUCUAAUAAAAAUAUAUAUUUUUUCAGUUGUCUGUUCUAUUAUAAGAUUAAUGGGGCCCUCCCUUUAAAACAAAAAUACAAAUUCACUUAGCUGUAAUCCAGAUCUUAGACACAGUCCUCACAGUAACUCGAUCCACCCUCGCUGAUGCAAUUAAGAUUGAUUACUUUUGUCUAGUCAUGCAGUUUCCCAUAGAGAAGCAUUAUUUAUUUAUGUGCAAAAUGGAGUACAUUAGAAAAUAAUAAAUAAAUAAACUAAAAAUAAGAAUUUAAUUGUUUCGGUGCUUAGGUCCAUGGUACCUACUUGUGCAAUCAACACUUACACAAUAAUACAUGAUUAGACUAAUUCUGAUUAUGAAGGAGUUAAACGAUAAUUGAAGAGUUUGUUUUUUUUUUGUUUUUUUUAGACAAAACCCAGCAAUGUUGGAUUUUUUUAUUUUUUUGACUCAGGAUAUUUUGGGCCACAGUGAAAUGCCUGGAAUGUUUAAUUCUACCCCUGCUGACAGUUUGUAUUACGAUACUUCUCUUUUUGGUGGCUACGCAAAAUAGACAUUUACUGGAUUUUUUGAUAGCAGUGACAACAUAUAAAAUUCUUUGUGCCAUACACUUAGAAUACAAGUUAACUCCAUUUUCCUGUAAUAAUACUCCAUGACUUAUAACCUUUUCUUAAUUUUAGACCUGUUACAUAAGACAUGAAAAAUGGCAAUUUGUGUUCUUUCAAGAGGCAGUCAGUUGCUAUUUUUUUAAUUUAUGAUUUUUAUUCCUUCUUUGUUCCUCUGUUCAUCCAUUUAUAUUUAUUUAUGUGCAAAAUGGACUACGUUCUCUUUUGGAGAGUUUUACUUUUCUUUGGAAAUGAUAAUAUAUUGUAUUAGAGUUGUUUAUUUGUUAAACGCUAAAUUGUAGAAAAUUUUAAUUCGAAUGGCAAAAAUGACUGACCAGGAAAAUAGGUUUAGCUUCUUUCAUUUUUAAAGCUCUCUCAUUGUCCACCAAGCCCUGCCCCCCUUCCCCAGCCCACACCUCUGUGCCUUGGAGAACAGUCCAAUCAAACGAUUCUCUAGGGGAAACCUUUUGAUUGGACCUCCGAGUGACGUGGCAUGAUGACAGACGGGGCAAGGAGUCAAAUGAGGAGAACCUUAUUCGGCACUGGAUUUGUAACUUUUAUCGUAUUUAAUAGUUUUUUAUUUGUCAUUGAAAAUAAAGAGUUAUAUUGCCCAAUAGGUAGGCCGUUUCAUGAAAAAAGGUUUACAAAAGUUAUAGAUGCUUUUUAAAUUAAUUUCCUAUUACGUUAUGUAAAUUCCAUCAAAGUGGUAGUUCACCUUUAAAUCAUUAGAGGGUUAAUCCAGGUAGUCCAUGUUUAUAUUUCUAAAGUCAGUCAAAGCCUUUCAAGCAUUUUAUCUCUUCUUUGUAAAUCACUGCUGGUACUUAAUUACCCAUAACAUAGUAAGGGCUCUCAAGCAAGAUUUAUACUUGUUUUGAUCUUUUUUUUUAAAUUAAAUGUAGAAUGGGUUUUGUUUUAGCUGUAGGCAUUCACAGAUGUCAAUCUCUUCAUUUUGAAGAAUGUAAAGAACUAACUAUUAAACAAGUGGAAUGGCAAGAAUUUGGAGCGUAAAUAUGCCACUCUACAAUUUACAGCAGUGUUGUCCUUCUGUUUGCUAGCUUGGGCAGAGAACCUUUUAAAUGCUUGUCAGAAUUAUUGUUAAACUAUAACCUCAAUUAACUGAAGCUUAUUCACUAAAAUGUGAACUAAAACUCAAAUUCCAUAACUUUUGGUGAAAACAGCCAAAGUGGUAGUGUAGCUGCCUGGCUAUUGUCUAUUUUUUUUUUAAAUUUAUUUUUUUACUCACAUUUGAGUUAAAAAAUGAGGUUUAUAUUAAAGAAUAGUCUAAACAACAGCUUUUCCAGUAAACAUAAAUUUUAGUCUUUAGUAAUGUAGACUUUUUUUUUUUUUUUUUCUUAAUUUCAUUAGCCUCCUGGCAUGCCUCCCAGUUCCAACUCUCGGAGUUAUAUAAAUGAAGAUCUAUAUGGUGGUGUUCUAGACUGCAUAGGCAAUGUGAGGGGGAACUUUGGGGGAUUCUUUAGCCCUGAAUCGUUACAGGUAGUGGAGGGCAGGAGGAAUGCCAGUGUUAUUUUUUUUUAUUUUAUUUUUUUUAUUUUAAUUUUGCAACUGCCAGUUUCUUUGACAAGCAUUUAUAAAAUGAAAUAUUAGUAGUUUAGUGCUCUACAAGGCUACAUAGGAGGAGGGGGUGGCAUCCUCAGGGCAAUGUCAGGAAGAGGUGCUGGGGAAUAUAGGUUUGCUGCACACCCCUCUAUUAGUUAGGUAGUGGAUCACAUGAAUACUGGGUUUGUUUCCGGAUAUGCUUUCAUCACAGAGAGUAUCCGCAUCCUGCUGUUUAUCGGUAGAGGAGAUAUAUCAUAGAAAGGCGGGGAUAUGACAUGACAUGCUCAUUUCUCUGUUAGUGUAGGAGUCAUUACGUUUUUCCCUUGGGCUCAAGCGCCAGGUGUUUCUGGAACCUCACAACACCCCUGCUAGACCAUAUCUUCUAAAUUCUAAAUUCCUUGCAAUUCACUGUUCAUAGAUCUAACCCCCAGCUGCACUGAAAUGGCUGCAUGGGCUGAUGUACUGGCAGAGUUUGUAUGUAAACAUAUGCCUCUCUAAGUUGGCAUUGUGCUGACACUAGAGAUGCCAGCUAACCGGUUAGAUUGUAAGCUCAUGAACCUUCUUACAUAGAACCUUGUAUAAAGGGAUAUAGAUGUGAUAAAAUAAUUGGCAAUCAUUGGGUUCUCUAACCCAUUAUCUUUCAGUAUGUCAAUGUAUGUAUCCCUUGAUCAGUAACCCAACCUACAGCUAAUUUCUCUGUUUUGUAAAUUAUUUAAUUAAAAAUGUGCAGAUUUCUGUUGAAGGGACACUCCACUCCCCCCCCAAAAAACAAACAGAAAAACAAUUCAUUAUCUGUAGAUAUACCCCCAAUGCAAACAUGCAUGUAUGUUUUUCCAUUGGGGGUAUAGCUAAAAACAGAUCGUUUGUCUGCAAGCCCUCCCCUUCUAACCCCAUCCAGACUUUCUGUGUCUGUCCAAUCACAGACUUCCCACUGCAGCUCAAUGAGAAGUCUUUGCAAAGCAGAUGCUCUGGGCAAUUGCUGCCUCUUGAGUUUAGCUCCACUGAACUAAACAAACCAGGAAGUAACAGGACUGGUUGGUAGCCAAUGGGGUGUAAUAAGUUUAAAUUGUAAAAAUGCCAAUUUCUUUUGAAAUCUGCUCUUUGUAAAAUAAAAAACAGAGGACACCCUUUUCACACCUAAAGCACUUCAGCAAGCUAAAUUGCAUUAGGUGUGUGAACAGUUCCUUUAACUGCACUGUGUACACCAUGCACAUAAUCUUCAGGGCUGCAAGCAGAUUAAUUGAUUCCUUGCUCUUUGUUCUUUGGAAAUUAUUUCUGACGUCUCUGAGAAGUGAGACUCAUAACCUUUUUCUCGAGGAGAUAGUUGAACAGAGCUGAAUGAAAUGAACCUUCCAACAUGUGGCAGGAUGCCUUAUGCAAUUCUCUGUUAGUGAGCGUAACAUUAUGAAACCUGCCUAUCUCUGGUCCUGGGGGAGGGGGGUAAAUGCAAACAGUAAAGUAGUACCUCAGCAGAAAUGAAGACGAAAAGCCAGGUGCUCACGUUGGAAGAUUGGUUUGGAUGCUGGGUGACAGAAAUCCUUGUUUUUAAUUGUAAGAGUUUUUAUUCUUUUUACAUAAAAUGAUUGCAUGAUCCCGCUGAUGGGACUGUGUUUUCAUUUCAUAGAACACAGUAGGAAAGUGUGAUACAGUUUGGGGAAUCCUGGUAAAAUUCAGACAUUAAAGGAAUUGCCCAGAUGUUUUGAGUAUGUUUGUAUAUUUGUGAAGUCGUUCUUUAUUUGUGAGUGCGGAAGCCUUACUUUGUUCCCUAUGAGGACUGUUUUUACUGAUUUUUAGGCUGCAUUAUGUAAAAUUUUAUAGUUUUUGGAAGUUGCAAGUACAUGUAAAUAUCCAAAGACGAGUGAAAACAUUUUGUGCACCAAUACAUGUAUUUUAUAAUUUAUUUGUUAGAUUUCUGGAGCAUGGCAAAUUUUUUUCCUUCUUCUUGAUUUUUUUCUUUUUCCACUUUGUUUGGUGUGUAUAAUGACUGCAAAUCUCUAACGUAUAUUAAAUUUUAAUUGUUACUGGAAACAAUCCUUGUAAUAUGUAUUUUGUGUUACAUUUUGCGUGUCAGGCACCAUUCAUUCAGGGCUAUAUGUGACAGAUGGUCAUUGAGGAAGGAAUCAAUAGAAUUUGAUUACUAUACAGUGAAUAAAUAAAUUUAAAGGAUCACCAUACUGUCAGGAAAACAAACUCGUUUUCAUGACACUAUAGUGCCCUCACCCUCAGGGUCCUCCCCCUCCCUUGGCGCUGAAGGGGUUAAAACCCCUUCAGCAGCUUACCUUAAUCAAGCGCCGGGCUCCCUCGGCGCUGGUGACCUCUCCUCGCCCGCCAACGUCAGCGCUCGAGUGGAACAAAACGCGCAGUGCUUUCCUAUGGACGUUCUGCAGGCUGGAUGCACCUCUAGCGGCUGUCACGAAGACAGUCACUAGAGGUUGGAUUAACCCUGCCAUGUAAACAUAGCAGUUUCUCUGAACCUGCUAUGUUUACAUCUGAAGGAUUAAAACCUGAGGGACCGGACACCCAGACCACUUCAUUGAGCUGAAGUGGUCUGGGUGACUAUAGUGUCCCUUUAAAUCCCAAAAUGCAGAUUGAAGUGGCCGAACUGUGACUAGCUGAGUAGAAAAAUUAUUGCAACUCUGCUAUUUUGGGCUGAAUUUUCCAAUUCUGUGUUCAGUUCAUUCAAAUGCACUGCUUGAUUAAAAACAAACAAAAACUGUUUUAUGUAAAUAGAGAGGAUUUUAGAUUUUGUAUUCACACCCUAAGAACUUUUGUUUUCUGGCGUCUCCCAUAACACACAUGCAAACUAACAGGUAGUAUGGAGAAUGCUGUUUGUUUUGUGUAGCAGAAGCUUCAUAGAGAAUGAUUCACUGUUCUGAUAAACAUUUACAGGUUAUUUACUAAUGUAUAAAUUCACAGUGAAUCUCAGACUUAAGGACAGAGUAACUGAAUGGAGAUUUUUUUUUUUCCAGUUUGUCUAAUUUGAUCUGAAAUUUGAAAUUCACCAUUAAAUCUCACUUGAAUAAUGUGGAUUUGUGUAUGCGACCCAUUCCACCGGCACUGUUUGUUUAAGAGGAUAGUAGCAGACUGGUCUCUGAUAUCCUGCACUGCUUGGUACCCCCGGUUUUUAUAAAUUUUUAUGCACCAUAUAAAUAAGCCUUUUCUUUCUUUUCUUAAUUUAUAUUAGGAGAGACAUUUGAAAGUUACAACAAAGAUCAAAACUGCAAAGUAUAGUAUCAAAAACCAAUAUACUGUAUUUUAGAUAUAAAAGGCAGAUCUACGUAGACCUUCCUGAAAACUGUUAAUAUAUAUUAACCCUCCAGUCAGUAGAUGAGUCGACUAGGUUAACAUUACAAUAUUCUUAAAGUAUUGGCAUGUUUAUAUGGUGAUGAUCUCAAUAAUCAAGUGAAGUAGGAUAAGGCGAAAAGUCCUAACAUGUCCCAUGUCAAAAUCUGCUUGUCUGGCAGCUUUCUCUGACAACUGACAUUAUGGAUCGCCAUAUGAGUUCUGUCGGAGAGAAAAAAAAUGAAAUUUAGUAAAAAGGGAAUGAACAGCCACCUAAAGUAUUACAUCGGUGCACAAGACUUUCAGGCAGUGUUAGUCCACCGUUUAUUGGCAAUCCAUACACCAGACAUGUUCACAAUACCCCAGAAAAACAUACAAUGUGAGUUAGCACCAAACCCAAAUACAGUUUAUUCUUGUAACAUGGAGGCCUAUUGGGGAGGCUGGUGGUAAAUUCAUUUUAUAGUGCAGCCAGAUUUCUGUAUAGAUUUGUGGAAUGCUUGUUUUAUUCGCAAAUAGCCAUAAAUAUUGUUCAUAUGAUCCAAUUCCCCCGGAACACUCUGCAAAGCAUGAAUUAUGGCAACAAAUUCAAUCUUGUUUGGUUCUUUGACUCACAACCUGUGAUACUUUGAAAUGAGAGCUGUGCAUUCCAGGGGAAACACCUGUGUAAUUAACAGGACUGUUUAAAUAUGUUGCACUAAGUGUUGUGUUUGCAGCUCCUUGUACACUGAGGCUGGGUUGCAGGUGUUGAGUUCAGAGUUAAUUCUUCUUCACACUCUCUAUCAGUUUCAUUAUUUGUUUGAAUACCAUGAGCGGCUUGAAUACAACUAGAUACAAUUAUUAAGCGUUGGGUGUGUGAACUCUGCUGCUUAAUCAUUUUGUUAUUUAUUAUUCCGUCCUUACGGUCCCACAGUGGGCUGCAUCUGGCACCUAGCAGUAAACACCCAGCAGUUAGCACUCUUAGGAGUUGAUUCACUCUUUAGUUUUGUGGUGAAUCAGAAAAAUUACAGUAGAUUGCAGAAUUCAGGUAAAAAUUAGUAAGUUGGAAAAAAAUUCUACCAUUUGGUUAAUUUUCACACCUGAAUAUUGUGUCCUAAAUUUUAACAACGUGGUUUUCAGUUUCCGUCAAUUCACUGUUUAACGUGUAAAUCCUUCUGUGUUUAAUAUUCUACUUGUUUCCUGGCAAUGUUACAUUUCACCUAACUUCCUGGCAUCCUCAAUAUCUCACCUUGGUGCCUAGCAACCUCAGUAUCUUGCUUUACUGCUAGGCAUCCUCAAUAUCUCACCCUGGAACCUAGCAACCUCAGUAUCUCGCUUUACUGCUACGCAUCCUCAAUAUCUCACCCUGGUGCCUAGCAUCCUCAAUAUCUCACCCUGGUGCCUAGCAACCUCAGUAUCUCGCUUUACUGCCUGGCAUCGUCAAUAUCUCACCCUGGUGCCUAGCAUCCUCAAUAUCUCACCCUGGUGCCUAGCAACCACAGUAUCUCGCUUUACUGCUACGCAUCCUCAAUAUCUCACCCUCGUGCCUUGCGAUCUCAGUAUCUCUCUUUACUGCCAGGCAUCCUCAAUAUCUCACCCUGGUGCCUAGCAUCCUCAAUAUCUCACCCUGGUGCCUAGCAACCUCAGUAUCUCACUUUACUGCCUGGCAUCCUCAAUAUCUCACCCUGGUGCCUAGCAUCCUCAAUAUCUCACCCUGGUGCCUAGCAACCUCAGUAUCUCACUUUACUGCCUAGCAACCUCAAUAUCUCACCCUGGUGCCUUGCAACCUCAGUAUCUCGCCUUACUGAUAGGCAUCCUCAAUAUCUUACCCUGGUGCCUAGCAACAUAAGUGUCUUUCUUUACUGCCUGGCAUCCUCAAUAUCUCACCCUGGUGCCUAGCAAUCUCAGUAUCUCGCCUUACUGCCUGGCAUCCUCAAUAUCUCACCCUGGUGCCUAGCAACCUCAAUAUCUCACCCUGGUGCCUAGCAACCUCAAUAUCUCACCCAGGUGCCUAGCAACCUCAGUAUCUCACCCUGGUGCCUUGCAACCUCAGUAUCUCGCCUUACUGCCAGGCAUCCUCAAUAUCUUACCCUGGUGCCUAGCAACAUAAAUGUCUUUCUUUACUGCUUGGCAUUCUCAAUAUGUCUCCAUGGUGCCUAGCAACCUCAGUAUCUCUCUUUACUGCCUGUCAUUCUCAAUAUGUCACCAUGGUGCCUGCCAACCUCAGUAUCUGGUCUUAGUGCCUGGCAACCUCAAUAUCCCAAACAGCUACCUUUUAUUUUGUGAUUUUUAAAUGUCUUACAUGCUGGAAAAAUAUAACUUUAAAACCUCUGGUCCUCCUCUCUUAUCAUAUACUCUUUUGCGUACAUGCUCUUUCUCAUUCUCAGAAUGUCUGUUGUGAAAUACCAUUGGGUUUCCUAGGCAGGCGUUUCUCUAACCAUCCGGUUUAGCUCAUUAAAACCUGUGAUGACAUCCCAGAUUGUUUUAUAGGGUCGAUUUGUUAUUUAAAAGUGUUAAUUGUGGCACUGUAUGUCAUUACCAGUAUCUCCACUUAUAUUAAAUAACAAGGACUGAGUGAAGUUGCUUAUCUGGUUUCCUACUCAUCGAGCCUGUUAUACAAGAGGAUUAGAUCAUAGAUGCUUUAAGUCAUGGGGAAAAUUAAAAACGUAAAAAAAAACAACCACCCUAAAGGUGCCUUGGGAAUUCCAACAAGGCAUUUUUUGCUUGACGUCUUAUUUACUGACAUUGUGUUAUUUACUGUGUGUUUGUGAGUGCACACCUGUGAGCUGUCCCUUCAUUUUACAGUCAGUGGUUAUUCACAUGAUGAUGGUGAAUGUAACUCUCUGUAAUAAUAUUUACUAUUCUUUCUUGACAUUAUGGUCCGAUAUUCAUCACAUACAUCAUCUUUAUACUGAUCAGCCAGCUUGCUAUAUCAUAUCAUAUCAUUCUUCGUGUGAUCCCAACAGUCCUGCCUUUUAGUGCAUUAGUCUUACAUACACUUGGUGUGUGUGUAUAUAUAUAUAUAUAUUUACUAUCUGAGCAGUUAUUAGCAUUCUGUAUCAUGAAAUACAAUUAUUGGUCUAGACCAAGCAUGUCAAACUCAAAGGUUAAACAUAGGUUAAACAAGGUUUAAGUUAAAAAAAAAAAACAGCACCCCCCCCUCUGUACUAAAUCCCAGUCCCCCCCUCUGUACUAAAUCCCAGUGCCCCCCUCUGUACUAAAUUCCAGACCCUCCCCUUAUACUAAAUCCCAGCACUCCCUCUACUAAACCCCAGCCCUUUAAACAAAACCAAUAUUGACUACCCGUCAUCGCAACACUGACCAACACACACACUCUCUGACAGACACACACAAACACUGACAGACACACAGACUCUGACAGACACACACACACACACACAAACACAUGUGCACACACUCACCUCAUUAUAUUUAUUGCUCCCUACUUUUGGGAGAUGGUCUUUUCUCCUUCGCUCAGUCUUCCUGCUCCCUCACGCGUGCAAUUUAGUGAUGCCAGGUGCCUGUGAGGGAGCAGGAAGUCUGAGCUCCUUCACUGCCACCAGGGACCUCUCCUCCCCGGCAGGGUAAUUUUGGCAGAGUAGGCACCUGCAAUGUGGGACGAGCAGGUGCCUACUCUGCUUUAGUAAGCAUGGCAAAAUUGUGGCUCGCUGGGCCGCAAAAAUAUUCAUUGUGGGCCACAUAUGUCCCGCGACUUUGACAUGCUUGGUCUAGACUCUAGAGGGAAAGCAGUUGGGUCCGUUGGUUUUGCUGCUCAGAUUUCUUUUAUUCUGUUCCUUUGUUUUUCUGCACUCUUACUCAUAGGCGGCUCUCUAAUUAGAUGAUUUAGGCGGCUACCUAAGGCCUCACACUCACUGUUCCUCGCAGCCGCCUAACUGGAGAGCAGGGCCUGAGGGCUGCCCACUAUUAGGACGUGCGAGGAGUGACCUCAGUCAGCUGCUCCUCAAAAUGGCACAGAUUAGGAGGAGGAAUAGAGAGCACCAGCAUAGGUGCCAAGCAUCAGAUAAUAUUGUAGGUGGUCCUCCAGUAUUAGACUGCACUAAUUGUUGAAAGCCUGGGCGAAGGUUGUAUCUGUGAAGGAGCUGGUCUGUAUUUGCCUGUCCUCACUGGCCUUCACACUGCUAUACAUCAGGAAGCUGCUGAAAUCACAGUUUAAGCCUCUCCCCUCCGUCAGUAAGACUUCAUUGAGCUGGGGGGGAGAGGAAGAGGGAGCUAUUUGGAUUAUAGGGAGAUGAAGCUGAGGAGUGAGAGUUGAGUGUAGGGAAGAUAGGGGGAGAGAGGGAUAUGGAGCUGAGGGAGACGCUGCCUGAAAGUCUUCCAGAGCAUCAGAGUCACCAUCAGGAGAGUACAGCCAGAGGCAGAACGAACGUAGAGAGACCCCGGUGCAAGAUUAUUAUUUUGUGCGACAUGCAGAGGUGAACCAGGAAGGAGUUCUUACCACUACACACAAGAGAUCCUGGCCAGUUAAUAAUAUUAUAGCUUGCAUUAUUUUUAUUAUAGAUGUUAGUGGGGGGCAUCAUGAUCACGUACUGCGUAAGGCGUACGAAAGUCUAGAGCAGCCUCUUAUCGUACUCACACUUUUAAGUAACAGCCCAGAAAAUAUCAGUGAGCAGGAAGAGUAGAAUUUGUUUUACUAGAAGUACUGAUCUCCGUGCUUUUUCUUCUCGAUCACUAGGACCUGACAGGGCUUUUGGAAUAUGGGCCAGCUUACAGCAACUGUGCCCACUAGUGGAUUGGGGACAUGGUAGGUGAACCUAGCCCCAUCCAUUCCCAGUUCCCCAAUGUUUCGACACGGUACGUGAUAAAGACACCUAUCAUGUUACAAUGUUGUUGAAAUCUUGUUGUUUUUAUUAUACUAGUGAUCCUUUUGAACAAGGAUCAAGCUUUUGACACAGGCACCAAAACGGGUUGUGGCAAAAUGAGGGAAGUGUGAUGAUUUUGGGUUUUUUUGGAUUUUUUUUGUGGUGUAUUUUUUUUAUCAAACACAAAAAAUAAAAAAAUCAUUUUCUUUUGUAUACAAGUUACCGUAUGUCUUGUUUAUGGUUUUGUUUUUUAAUAUAAUAGUUUUUAAAAACUGUCCAUUACGUUCUAUUUGGGAAGAUAUGUGGUGUGUGUAUUUUUUGUUACAAAAUACUAAAUUGUUAUUGAUACCCUCCUUUUUUUUUUGUUCUAGGAAACACAGUCACCAACAUACUCACAGGGGACCAUACGAAGAUACAUUGUUCAGAACCCUGAACCGGUAUGAUGACGUUUUUUUAAAACUUAUUUUUAUUUUAUCUUAAGAAUUGUCAUUGUUUUAUUUAUUUAUAGCAUACUGAUUAAAAUAUUUAAUAUUUUCUAUGUAGUAUAGUUUUUCACAAGAAAUUCUUGAAGAGUUUAAAAUAUUGAUUGUCUUCGUUGCCUCAAAUACGCCAUUUAUGAAAAAAAAAUCAACAUGGCUGAAUACGGUUGUGGCGGACCGCCUGGCACUUCGACUCGGUGCCUCCGCCAAUCGAUGCUUCCUAGUGCUCACCGAGUACUUCCAAGCACUCCACCAGAAACCAUAACCACCGUAGUCCCCACAGCCAGCGUUACAGCUUGGUUGGGGCCUCGCUGUCCUCCACCCACCCUGGACCCAAGGCCAGGAUUCAGCUUCCAGUGGGUAGACCUUUCCUUCUCCAGAGAUUAUAGCAGGAUAGCUCUUACAAGAGCAAGUGAUUAUAAUCCAAGGGAGUAUAAGGAGUAUAGCAAUCCCCAGAGUGAAUAUAGCUGUCCCCUCCACACAUGAGAUGAGGCUCUAUGUUAAGGGUGAAGGGUGUUUUAAUUGGGUCCACAAUUGGCCUUAUAUGCAGGUCCCCAUGCAAGGGGUUUUCCAUAACAUAUUCCUGGGGCAUUCCCCACUGGACCUGAGGGGGGACUAUGACAAGGUACACACUUUAAUUAUAUUGGCUCUCAGGUCCAGGACACUCCCACACAAAACAGGGUAAUCCCCCCCUGUGCCUGAGAGAUAAUUGAGUCAGGAACUGUACUAAACUCAAUUAUCUCCAGGCACAGAAAACAUACAUUUUAACAACAUCCCAAAAGUACCCCAAAACACAUGAAAACCCCACAAAAGUCACAUCCCCUGAGAGCCCCGAUAUAGGGGACCAGCAUAUCCAAAAAUCAGCCAGAUCGGUUCAGGGGUUUGAGAUUUCCAUGGAUGUCAUACUUUUGUCCAAACGUGCACAUGGUCCUAUGCCCAAAACAGUUCCAGGGAAUCAGUGCUGACUGUCAGUCUCUCUUUCUGGAGUACAAAAGUACAUAAACUGAGCCUUUUAAAGUGCAUUAGGCAAGGUAUAUUGCAGGGCCCAUAGCCCUGAGGCAUGAGGCUGGCAAGCAGGCUCCUCCAGGAGCCUGUGGCGUGGUUCUGUUCGACACAACAGUUACAAACUAAAUAUCAAUGGCUUACUUUUGUCAACUUGCUGAAUAGCUACUUAAUCUUCCCACCCCAUAAAUUAGGGUACUUGUAGCCUCACAAGAGCUCUUUAUAGAAAGCUAUGGGAGUGCUGGAUGCACUCCUACAUUGUACAAUAUAUUUUUUGCAUCUGGGAGAGGCUUGUCUUCUCCUAUGUCAUCAGAAAAAGAGGUGUGAGGAUAUAGCAAAGUGAUGUAAGUAUAAUGAAUCCGAUCAUUGUAUUAUAACUACAAUAACCUGUGCAACAAGACUAUAGGGUUGUGGUCCAAGUGCUUCGUGUCCCCAGAAGACUGUCACUGAAGUGUCUUUUGUGAAAAGACUGUGGCUUAUUUGUAGACAAAUUUAAUUUUAGACUAAAACCAAAAGAGAAAAGUUCUUAGCAUAUUGUGCCAGUUCCUUAUGCACGUUUAAAUAUCUGAAGUUUUUUGGUAUCACUCCAAUGGCCAUUUUAAGUGUAAGCUCACCAGCCACAUCAAGGCAAAAUCUCUCAGGUGAGUGCUACACUAACAAUUUACAUUGCUUCUUUAAAGGAACACUAUAGGGUCAGGAACACAAACAUGUGUUCCUGACUUUAGUGUUAAAACCACCAUCUAGACCACCUGCACCCUCUGAUCACUAUUAUUUUGCAGGAAAUAUCCCCCCUCCCUCAGUAAAGGUAAGAAGGGAGGGGGGAUAUAAGGUUUUAGUAUUAUUCUAAUUUAAAAAUAUAUUUAUAUUUGCAUUAAGCUAAACAUUUUUACACACACUGCCCCCCAUCCCCAAAACACACACUGUCCCCCUCACUCACACACACACAUACUGCCCCCCAUACACAUAUUCAUACUGCCCUUAUACACAUACACUACCCCAUUCACACACACACUACCCCUCACAUACACUGCCCCCUAUACACAUACUGCACCCCUAACACAUUGCAACUCUCACACACACACUGCACACCUUACAAACACAUACACUGCAUUCCUCAAACACACACAUUGCAUCUCUCACAUAUAUUGCACCCCUCACACACAAACACACACACAUUGUACCUCUCACACACACACACACACACACAUUCAGGGCCGGCGCUACCAUAAGGCCUUAGGGCGCACCGGCCCUGGGGGUGCAAUGGAGCGCUCCCCUCUAGCCGGUUACUUUAUGAAGCUCUACCCUCAAGGCAGCCUCUUACCACCGGCCCAGCUUACUGCCACCCGAGGAGCCUUCUUCACUGGUGCCUGCCACAAGCUGUGUAGAGGGGGCGGAGAUAUGAAUGACUACAUGGCUUGGAAGAAAAGACACAUAAAUGGAUCUGGAGGGGAGGGACACACAAAACGGACUAAGGGGAGAAAUAGCCACAUAGAGGGGCUGUGGUGGAGAAAAAAAAACAAAGAAAGGGGCUGAGGGUAAGAGACACAAAAAGGGGAUGGGUGUAAGUAAGAGACAUACAAAGGAGGUUGUAAGAUACACUAAAUAGGAAAUAAAAUACACUAAAGCACAAAAGGUUAAUACAUUCAAAAGAGGGGAUAUGAAACACUAAAGCGGGUAAGAAAGUAAUACAUUCAAAAGGUGGGGGGGGGGGCUGGUUACAAGACACACAGGUGAAGAUGCACUUUUUUUGCAGGGUGGGUGGCAAAAUGCAUCUUUGCCUGUGUAGCUAAAAAUCCUUGCACCGGCCCUGCACACAUUACUGCCCCUAUCCCCUGCUACAGGCCCUAUCCCAGCAGACCCCAGUUAAGUUGUCAAACGGUUCUUAAAUGGGUUGACUGCUUACUCUGGGAGGGCGCCACGGAACUCCUGGAACCAUAACCACUAUAGAGAGCUGUAGUGGUUAUUGUACCUGUAAAUAAUCUCCAAGUGCUCCUCCCGAGAUUUGGUUCUGAAUCUGCCCCUGAGGUACUGUGCAGAUCAGACUUUUAACGCAGGUGCCACACACUUAGCAUAAAUCUUGCCUUAAUCUUUAAGUGAUGCUUAAAACGGAAUGAGGUGAGUUGUUUUGUUUUUUUGGUGUACUUCGUUUUAGUAUUUUUGUAUCCAACACAUAAAAUAAGUAUUUUCGUCUUUCUUUUUAGAUAUAAAAGGUGUGUGUAUUUUCUGUUCCCAAAAAAUACUAAUUAUUGCUAAAACACCCUUUUAUUCCAUUUUUGUUCUAGGAAGUACAAUCACCAACAUACUCACAGGGGACCAUACGAAGAUACAUUGUUCAGAACCCUGAAACGGUAUGACAACGUCUUUUGUUUUUUCAUUUUUAAAUUUUUUUAUCUCGAAUUGUCAUUGCUGUGUUUAGAAUUUAACCCAAUCCCGCCGUUCUACGUAUCAUUAUGUUCUGAAUGACAUGGGCUUUUGAAGGUACCUGUAGCCUCAAGGCUGCUGUUUAGGCUCCUUCAUAGAAAGUUAUGGGAGGUAGUAUACUGUCUUGGGAGUGGGUGGUGGAUGCAUUCAUACUUUGUAAUAUAUAUAUAUUACAAUUUUUUUUUAAUCUGGACAAGGCUCGUCUUCUCCCAUGUCCUUAGAGAAAGGAGGUGUGAGGAUAUAGCAAAGUGCUGCAGGUCUGAUGAAUCAGAUGAUAGUACCAUAACUAGGAUAACCUGUGCAACUCGACUAUAGGGAGACAGUCACUGAAGUUUAUUUUGUGAAAAGAAUAUGUAGUUUAUUUGUAGACAAAUAUAAUGAAGGCCAAUAUUUUAGCUAUUCCCGGCUGCCUCUAUUAAGAUAGACAGGCAUGAUAUCUUCCUGUGUGUGUCUAUCUGUCUGUCUAUCAUGUAGAAGAUCCAGCGCACUCACUAACAACAUCUUGAAGCUGACCAUAUUUAAUAGUGUUUUUUAUUUAGACACCUACAAACAUUGGGUGGGUUUAGCUACAUCAUAUUGUCAUACAUUGCAUAGACUUGCCACAACGCGAAUGUACCCUACGUGUGUGUGUGUGCGCUUAUAUAUGUGUGGGCUUUAAUACAUUUUAUGUAAUGUGUCACAAGUAUAAAGAACUAUUCCAUGUUCCAACGGUUGAGCAAUCACUACGGAAACCAAUGGAAUAUAUUUGCAGAUGAUUCCAUUUUCUGAUGCAUCUCCUCUUUAAUUACUUUGUCAUUUUGGAUAGGGUUAAUUUUUGCAUGAUAGUAACUUUUUAUUUCCCCUCUGGCACAUUGUGUGUGCCUCCACCCUUCCUCCACUUCAAGCUUUCUGCACAAUUCAAGUAUGUGAGAGCGCCUGAGGCAGAAGCGCUGUUUCAGCAAGUUAAGAUUUUUAGACUGUUUCUUUUUUUUUUUUUUUUUAAAGUUGGUUUUAAUUUUUGUUUUUAUUUAAAAUGUGCAUACUCUGUGGAAAGUAUUUUCUAAUUGGGUGAUACAUUGUUGCAUUAACUAUUUACUAAAUGGUAGUAUGGAAGAAAAUCGUUUUGUACAAUACAGUUGGCUUUGUUACUCAGAAGACAUUAGGAUCCUUUCAAACUGCUUCAAAGAAAACGUAAUUGAAUAUUUUUCUAUUCUUGAUCUUUUCUGAUAAACAGAACCUCUCAAAUUUCUUUAUCUCAGCAAUUACCAUUGAUAUGUGCGAUUUUUAUUUUUUUUUGUCAACCAGAGAGUCAGAAAUUACAGAUUUUACACCAGUGGUGGAACUAAUGUAGAGAGCGCCCUGCUGCAAAAAUUUGUUUUGGGGCCCCUCUAGCGCAAGCAUGGCCAAAAGGUAGAUCUCCAUCUGUCAUACAACUCACACAAUGCUUUUCCAGCUGGGGAUUUACCAGAUGCACAUACUUGCAAAGGCAGUGUUUGUGAGCAGUGUUUGUGUUUGAAAGUAAAGCAUUUUUUGUGUGUUUGAAUUUGAAUGUAAAUGUAUUUAUUUUUUGUAGUGUUUCCAUUUGAAUGCAGUUGUAUGUUUGUAGGUACAGUUACUAUUUGAAAGCAGUGGUGUAGGUGUGUUUAGUGUUUGUAUGUAGAGCUGGUGUUUGAUUGCUGGAAUGUAUGCAUAUACACUGCCCCACACGUACACACUGAAACACACACAGAUACGCACAUACUGACACACACACUGACACAUACAAACACACUGACACACAUAGAUCACAAUUUAGUUAAUCCCAGGAGGCUAAGUCUGAUGAGAGUCUGGUUCAGGCUCUCUCUCCUUUCUGUUCUCCUCCCCCUCUCUUGUUUUCCCGCGCGUCUCAUUGGUAAGCUGGGAGGAGUGCAUUGUAAUCUCUUCCUCCAAGAACCACGGCUUUACAGAGACCAUGAGACAUUUGCAGGUGCCUCAAGUACAAAUAGUGGUAUAUUUCUGUGUUGAUUGCUACUGGGCAUGUAUGGCCUUGUGCAGCACCAAUUUUCACAGAAACAGGGGCUGUCUGUGAACUUACAAGUGUUCACCUCUGGGGAGUAGCAACUGCAAAUCCCUCCAUGUCAGCAGCGACAUACGUUUGUCAAAUAUUUGAAACAAAAAGCUGCAAAUACAUUACCUUGACACCAUAAGAACUUCAAUAAUUUUUGUACCUGGUUAUGGUGCCAAGAGUGUCCCUUAAAUUUAUGAAACGUAACACCAGGUAUAAUUUUUAAAAUUUUAUAUUUAUUUUAUAUCUGGAUUCAAAAACAGCCAUCCCUGAUUUUGACUGUUCCCCCUUUAAAUUGAUCAAGAUACAGGGGUCACAGUGUGCUUUGUUAGUGUCACGCUGGGUAGAAUUUUCACUUCCUGACAACUGCUAAGGAACCUUUUUAAUUAUGUUAAGUAUUUAUUCUCAGUGAAUGUUGGGAAAUGCCUUGAAACUCUUGUUUAGAAAAACAAAGCAUUUAGUGUACAAACCAAUCGAACUUGUUUAAUUUGCUCAUUGGUGGAAUCUGAAGAUGCUGUCUUGUAAGAUGAAUGCUGUUUUCUUACAGGAAGUACACUCUCCACCAUACUCUCAGGAGACCAUUCGGAGGUACAUCGUCCAGAACAAUGAGCAGGUAUGAAGAUAGAAUUAUUGGUUGUCUUCCUAGCAUUCUCCCGCCGUGCGUGUGCACCAUAUGCUUUCAGCCUGGUUCUAGCCGAUAGGCCUUAUGAAAUACAGGUAUUAGUUUGUCACUUAUAAUUGCAGUCCGCAACAUUUUGUCACUGUGUACAGUUAUAACCAGUCAAGUCAGUAAAGAAGACAUAUUAAAGGACCACGCUAGGCACCCAGACCACUUCAGCUUAAUGAAGUGGUCUGGGUGCCAAGUCCAGCUAGGGUUAACCCAUUGUUUUAUAAACAUAGCAGUUUCAGAGAAACUGCUAUGUUUGUAAAUGGGUUAAUCCUUCCUCCAAUUCCUCUAGUGGCUGUCUAAUUGACAGCUGCUAGAGGCGCUUGCGUGAUUCUCACUGUGAAAAUCACAGUGAGAGCAUGCAAGCGUCCAUAGGAAAGCAUUGUAAAUGCUUUCCUAUGAGACCGGCUGAAUGCGUGCGCAGCUCUUGCCACGCGUGCGCAUUCAGCCGAAUGGGAGGAACGGAGGAGGAGAGCUCCCCGCCCAGCACUGGAAAAAAGGUAUGUUUAACCCCUUUCCUCUCCCCAGAGCCGGGCGGGAGGGGGACCCUGUGGGUGGGGGCACCCUCAGGGCACUAUAGUGCCAGGAAAACGAGUGUUUUCCUGGAACUAUAGUGGUCCUUUAAGCUCUGCAAGACCUUAUCGUGUCAUAAGAGAGACCCGAUUGGCUCUCUCACACAGAGAAAACUGGUUGAGUCUUUACAAUUUAAAGAUUAAAAAGGCACAAAAAUCUAGAGACUUACAAUGAGUGUCCUCUCCUGUGUCCAGCUCAUGGACUAUAGAGUGGGGUGUUAUUUAAAUAAUGGCCCAGUAUUUUCAUGGCCUCUUGGGCAUUAUAAAGGUUAAUCCCAUUAAGAAUUCAAAACCUAGUGUUUAUAGCUCAAUUAGGGUGUAGGAUGGGGUAAGCAACCUUUGGCACUCCGGAUUUUGUGGACUACAUCUACCCUGAUGCAUUGCCAGCAGUAUGACUUUGAAAGGAUUAUGGGAGAUGCACUCCUUAACAUCUGGAUGGCCGAAGAUUGGCUACCCUCGUUCUGGACUAGUCUUCUGGUCCCAGAAAGUUAUUUCCCCCCCGGUGUCUAUCAGAACACUGUAAUUGGUUGGCUACUAAAAUCCCCCAAAAAACACUGCACUCGAAAACACUUUUGUGAGGGUACCGAAGUGUACUGCAUACAUGAAUAUCAGACAUUAAUUAUGAUCUAUGAUAUUAAAAGGAGGAUUUUAAUUGUAACUUGUUUUGGUAGGAAGUCGCAGUCCCUUAUCCUCAACAAACAAUAAGAAGAUACAUUGUUCAAAACCCCGAACAGGUAAGACAAGAAUAGCGAGAUAAUUCUAUUUUCUCUGUAUACGCUCAACGCAGUGUCUGUAAGGAUUACAUUUGAAAAUUAUUAUCCAACAAGCAUAUAUUUUCAGUACCAUUUAUAUACCAACUGUCUCAUGGUUUGUGUCUGAUACAGUCUGCUAGCUGUCUUCUUGUUAUCUAACAUUUAACUCUAAGCCAAAUUUUACAUUUCUUGUGUUCCUAUCGCCACCAUUAUCUACACCCUAAAUAAGGGGCCUUCACUCAAGUGAAAAUUCACAGUGAAUUUAAGAUGGCCUUAAAUUUGAAAUACUCUUUGAAUUCACCUUGAAUUCUCACUUUGGUAAAUAACCCUGUAAAUGUCUGUCUAUGAAUAUUUCUGUAACUGUGCCUAAACUCCAGGCAUUAACACUUCUAAAGAUCAUUAUCACAAAGUUUGAAGAGUAUUUGCUCUUUGGAAUGCUGGUAUCUACUCUGCAAAUCACAAUCUCUGAUUGGCUGGUGACAUCACAUGAUUUCUGCAGCCUUGUAUUUCAUUAGUAACUUGUCACGGAGGGCUUGAAAUAGGCGAUGCAAUUUCAAGAUGGCCACCUCCACACUGAUGUCCAAGUGUUAUUUCCAGCUAAUCUUACUAUAGAUUGGUUAAACAAAAUAUUGCUCUAUUUGUAUUCGUAUUUUAAAGUCAUAUAUGAAAAGAAAAUUUCCAGUUUGUUUAGAACCAUUUUAGUCCAAUAAAUCUACAUAUCCUUCUCUUCUUCAAUUGCUUCUCGGUUUAUAAAUGGCUAGAAAUUACUUAUAUGCCCACAGAUAAGACAAAAAAAGUCUUCAACAAAGUAAUUUGCCCAUUCUAGAUGACGAAUGGAACGGGGUAGACGACACAAGACUAUACUCCUAAAGAGGAGGUUAUGAUAAAUUAAAUAAUUGAAAAAUGACACAAAAUUAAAGGGACACUAUAGUCACCUGAACAACUACAGCUUAAUGUAUUUGUUCAGGUGAGAUCUAUAGCUCCCUGCAGGCAAUCUUAGAGAAAAUACAGUGUUUACAUUGAUUGAUAGGAAUACCUCCAGUGGCCGUCACUCAGACGGCCACCAGAGGGACUUCCUAUCAUGUAGGGCCCUAAAAAGGCCAUGUACACGUCAGACGUAUUAAAAUACGUCUGACGUGUGCAGGAGAGAGAAGGCACUGUGUGCGCGCCUUCUCUCUCCUGCCUGUCAGCAGAGGAGAGGGGGCGGGCAAAGACCGCAAGCUGAGCUGUCAGUCAGCUCAGCUCGCGGCCGCGCACACUGUAGUGAAGGAGUGGAAAGCUAGUUUGCAUGCGCAUCACAUCGCCUUUGCUACGCCAAUUACCAUCUCCUAAUAGAGAUGGAUUCAGUCAAUGCAUAUCUUUUCGAUUAUGGGGUGCGUUCAGGGUUUCCAUGCUAAUGCUGAAUUUUGGUCCCUCUGUCUUUGCGGGACAGUGCCCAGGAAGUCCCUCUUGUGGCUUUUGGAGUAACAGCCACUAGAGGUUGUCCUAGGAAACCAUGUAAACACUGAUUUGUCUCAGAACGCUUAGUCUGCAGGGACCAUACAUUAAGCUGUAGUAGUUCUGGUGUCUAUAGCGUGCAGCAAAUCAUAUUGACAUCACUAGAAUUGUCCUGUGUCCCCAUGUAUGCUUUGUGUGUGGAUGGAAAAAUGUUUACUAUUCCCCCAACCCUUUUUAAACUUGUGUACCUUUUACCAUUGUUGUUUUCCCUUUUUAAAAUGUAUUUUGAAAAAAAUAAAAUAAAUAAGAAAAAUUAUUUGAAAAGCAUGAAUCCUUAGGUUGUUGACAUCUAUGCUAGGGUUAGUAAUUAAAAGUGCUAUCCUAGUGGCCAAAUGCUCAUUGGAUUGAAUUAAACCAUGUGAUGUUUCCAUACAAUUUCAGUUUUAUAAAUGGGAAAUAUCUGUAAUAAAUGUUCUUAUUUUAACUUUUUGGUACGUUUUAGGGAUAUUCCUCAACCACAGCCUUGUCCAUGCCAUGUUUAACAUACUUUUAAUACAUUCUAAGUUUUGAUUUGAUUAUUAAUACAAAAUUCUUCCCCAGAAUUGGGAAGCUGGCUAAUAACGAGUCUUUGAAAAGUGCCAAGCACACCAUCUUUUAAUGUUUACAAUUGGCUUGAGUUACAGAAAGGUAGUUGGUAUUAUUUUUUUUUUAUUAUUUUUUUUUAGGAUGUGACUCAACUGGCAACUGACCUUUCACGUUAUUAGCAGGAGGAUGUUCUGGCUUUAAGAAAUCAAACCAAAUAAUUAAUUCCAGAACAGUUUUUCUAGUGCAGCCAAAAGAACGGGAGAGAUUUCACCGCUGUAGAUUUUCCGUGGCCAAAAUAGGAUUAAGUGCAUAGGUACUGCCUGCCAAGUCAAAUCUACACUGCCUAGUUCAGAUGGCAUAUUGAGGGGAAUAGAUCUGACCUGGUCAAUCAGUCUGCAAUAUAACAUGUGGCUAAUUAUGUGCAAACUGAUAUGUGUUGCAGGAAAUCCAGGCCCCGUAUCAGCAUGAAACCGUGCGAAGAUACAUCGUACAGAAUCCUGAACAGGUGGGUGCGAAAUAUCAUAUUUAAUCUUGCUGACUAAAUGGCUCUUUCACAAGAUGAGACCUAAGUCUCUCUUUUAUCCGUUUUACUGCCGUCUAUCUGUGUUAUAAUUUUACCCAUCAUCUGACCCUUACAGGAUUUUACAAACAACUUUCUCUAUUCUGUUUCUGAUGUAUAGUUUAUUUGUGGAUUAUUUUGAUUUGAACGUCUUAAAACUCAGUAAAUAUUAUGCCUUUCUCUUUGAGCAAAGUUAACUAUAUAGGGAACAUUUAGAAAAAAACAAAUAAUGUCGAACUAUCGAUCACAUUUUCAGUUCUGCAAUGGCUUUCGAAGAUUAACAGUGCUUUUGUAAUAAGUCUAUUUGUGAACACUGUAAAAGUACAAUUUACUCGUGUUGUUGAUUUAUCUGUAAAAUUGUCAUAUGUAGCAAAUAUUUUUGAAUACAUUUGUUUGCCUUUUUUAAUUUCACCAAAUUAAAAUCAGAGAAAACCAAAAUCAUGGAAAACAGUUCAAAUGUGGUUCAUUGUAGUAGAGGAUCGUGGGGGAAAAAGUAAAAAAAAAAAAAAAUCUUUAAAUUAAUUUCUGGGCUCAUUUGCAUAUCUAGCUGGGGACCCUGGGAUAGUUGUGGAAACAUAAUUUCUCAAGUUUUUGUGCCCAAAGAGGACUCCUCAAAGUCCAACUUGAGAUAUGCAGGGGAUGCACGUCAGUAAUUUAUCUAUUUGCACUAUGGGCAGUUUUAUUGUAUUCAGUCUCACCACAAUCUCUUUGGUGCAUUUCUUUUUCAGAUGGCAGUUGGGUCAUUAGUGUACUUCUAUUAUUACAUUAUCCCUCUGUUAUUUCAACUGGCAAAUCAUUUUAUCCAAAGUUCCCCUAAUUUCAGGGCAUCACUCAAACAUGCUCGUCCUGGUCUGUCUGACUUGUGGAAAUUUUGAUUCUGGGUAACCGUUCCUGCUAUUUUAAUACAGCCCUUUCCCGAACUAAAUUAAUGGCCGCAAAUAGCAGCUAACACUUGGAUUUAUAACUCCUGCUCAUCUUGGUUAGAAUGGGACAUGUAUGUUGUGAUCCUACUGAAAGAUUAAAACUACCCUAACCAUAACACAAACCAUAAUACCAACAACAACACUUAUGCUAACACUAAAAAAAUCAUGUAACACAGAAGAUGUUGAAAGAUGUAUAUAAAAAAAAAAAUAACGCUAAGUUUAGGUUCCGGGGAUAAAUUCAUAAACCACUUAACAUUUCGUCUUAUGGUUUAUUAUGAGGUCUACAAAAAAAUAGACUCCUCAUUUAAAGAAAAAAAAAGAAUUCCAUUAUGUAUAAUUUUAUUUUUCAAAAAUAGUUCUGUCGUUCUUUAUAGCCAGUACAUGCGUGCCUGUAAUUUGUAUGAAUUAUUUACUUACUAAGAGAGAUGGGUGUUCCCUCAUUACCAGAUCGUACUCAUAUGUAGUUAAAUUGCUGAAACCUUGGAUUAGAGACUUGACCUCAUCCUGCAUGCGUGUGUAUCUGUAGAUGGCAAUUUCUCAUCUAAUCAGCCUGGUAUUUAAGCAAACCAUCUUCUAAAAUGAGAUCUAGAUUACCAUUGUAUACGUAGGAUUACAAUAAAAGGUCAAAUAUAAUUUCUUUCUUAUUGGCCUUGCUUUUAUAAUUUGUGGGUCAGCUUUUCAAGUGAUUACAUGCUUUUGGCUAAACUUUUCAAAUAUUUUAAUAUUUUGAAAUGUUUCGAUAUGUAGAUAUAUUAUUUUUCAAUAUCUAUAUAUUAUUAUAGUAUUAAUAUUUUGGAGAUAAAAUCAUUUUAAGUUUAUCCAACAAUAUGAAAUAAUUUGAAAGGCUUAUCCAAAUAUACUAAAUCAAGGCCAUCAUUAUUUAAUUUAUAAAUAGAAUUUAUAGUAAAUAGAAGAGCACUGUAGGAAUAUAAACUAUGCAUGUCCGUAGAAUACAUUAAGUUUAUUAUACUGUGUUUUCAGCAAACCUACGUUCAAGGGGUUAAUUACGUCCCACAAAAUAAUGUUGUCUACGAAAAGACCAUCCGGAGAGUUGAGGUGCAAAAACCUGAGGUGGUAAGUGAAAUGUCCAGUUCUGUGUGUGUUAGUUUCCUGAAUGAACUUGUGGCCAUUUUCUAGUUAACCAUUUAUCUUUGUUGUUAUGGAUAACAUUUUUAUUUUCCCCUUUGGAAUGUUCUCUAGAUUUUGUCUGUUUUCAUAUUUGAAAUUUGUUUUUGAUAGGGAAAUUGCAAAGGAGGAAAUUCUGUGACUGGCAUUAUUGUUAUGAUGUUUGCAAUUGUGUUUAUGUACAAAUCUCAAUCAAUUGUGGAAGCAACGAUUUGAUAGACUAACCAUUGCAUAGUCAGAAGCACACUUGUUAAGGGUUGAUAAGAGUUGUAGUCCAUCUUGGAGCUGGAAAGCCUGCAGUGGCCUCUCCGUUAUCUGAAUGUCUGUUAGAUGCCCUGUCUAUUGUCCGUGGAUGCCGUCAUGUCAGUCCAUGUCCUACAUUCAGCACUUUCUACUAUAAGGAUCUGGGUGACUAAUGGGUAAACACAAUGCACUUUUUUAGUUUUUAUUUUUGUAAAUUGCAUCAAUAAAGCAGACAGAAACAUUCCCAAAGUCUUCACCAUCAUGAUCAUGUUAUAUUUCACUGUUUACAUUCUCACCUCUAUAGUCGCCCAGAAAGGUUUUACAUUGUUGCUAGAAAACAAUGUCCUAAUUAGCCGGAUGGUUGAGUGGAGGCAUCUGCCUACUGAGCUGGCUGGGCUUUAAUGAUUUGGGCCACAGAAGUGAAGAGAUUUAGGGGUUUACUUGCUAUGCAGUGAGCUGAGAUGAGUCCAUGACGCACUUGCAGAAUUUCGGCUAAAAUUAAAUUCUGUUUCUCCAAUCACUAAUUCUGAACUCAAAUCUGCCACUUUGUUUUAAACUCUGUACCACUCGAUUUAUAAUGAAUAAACCAGCUAAAAGUUGAAAAGGAACCACAGAAGAAAUGUUUGUCAUGUUCAAUAUCCUGCUUUAUGGCAUCAAGAAGUGAGUAAAAUGGCGAGAAUGACAUUGGGGGGUUAUUUAAAAAGUGAUCUGAAGUACUAAAAGUUCUUCUCCCCUUUAUACAUUUUGCACCACUUUUUUUAGAAGAGAACACGUUGAUAAAUCACCUUACAUAGCGCCUUAAACUGAGCAGAACACUUCUGCCAAUCUCUCUGACUACCACAGCAGUAACCAGCCUGUAGCAGUUAUGCCAUCACUUCCAUCAUUAUUUAGAAAGAAUAGAGGGUGCUGGGUCCCAUCCUGUCCUAUACUGGCGCUAGGCAUCUGAGCUACUAAUCCUCUCUGCGGGUUACGGACGUUCUGCAGAUCCCAUGAUAAAUUAUGAAUCCUGUAUUAUUGUAUUGUAGCUAUUCUAUUGCAUUAUUUUAUAAGUAUGUGUUGCCUAUAGCUAAUUGCUCUUUAUCUGUUGUAACAGGAGAGAACCUCCUCAGUUUCAAUAGGAUCACAACAAACUUCUACAAGUGAACAAGUGACUGAGCAAAUCAAUCAAAUCAAUGUAUCUUCCAAGUCGAGUGAGCAGGUAUUUCAAGCUAUAACCGUGCCUCUAGUUGUGGUUUUAAUAUAUUCUCCCAAGUCUAGAAAUACUUUGUUGCUCAUGAUUCAGAAUGAGUGAGUAUAUUACAAAGACAGAUUGACCACUAAUUACCACUAUACAUAUGGACUUAACUUAUGUUUGGGUACAUGGGAGCACUAAGUAGUCCAACACCUAUAGAUGACAAUCACGCAAUACAUAUCCUGGUUUGACAGUACCUUCAACUUCAUCAGUAGAUCUCUCUUUCUCUGGCCCACUCACUUACAUUCACAUAUUUUUACAUUAGUUUCCACUGACACGGGAUCUCCUUUCACGAUAUCUUCAGACUUUCCAUGGGUGAAGUUUCAGCCAUGAAAGAAACAGAUAUCUUAGACCAGGAUUGGCCAAAUAAAGAUUCCGAGACCAUGCACGGAGCCUCCCAGACCUUGCAUGGUCUGAUUGUGAUUAUUAUCUGCAGGCCUGCCCUGUGAUUCAUUAUUGUAUCAGGAACAAUGUGUAUGUACUACACGUGUAUGUCAUAUGAAUGAUGUAGACAUUAGUUAAGCUUUGCCAGUUUGCCAGAACAAUUCAGCAGAUAGUGAAUUGAUGGAAUGGAAACCUUGCUGAAACAUGGAAUUUUCAUAGACUUUGACUAAUGGCUCUUUUUUCCUCUUCCUCAAGGAGGUCAUCUCAGAACAAGUAAUCCAAACCUCCGUCUCCAGUGAGCAGGUAUGGAGCAACCCAACACACAGUUUGAGAGUCAUGAUGUUACAAGCUCAUAUAUAGCCUGUUUCCCUGAAAAUAAGACAUCCCCCGAAAACAGGCCCUAGCUUUUUUCAGGGGAUGCUUGUAAUAUAAGACCUACCGUGCAAAUAAGCCCUUGUCGCUGGUUCGCUAAUCUAUGUUUCCCCAGAACAUAGAUUUGUGGCAUUCUAUUCAUGAGUAAACUAAACUAUGUUUGGGGAAGUUUCCCUGAACAUAGAUUUGGAGGAUUCCAUGCCUUAGUGAACUGGUCUAUGUUCAGAUCUGCUUUCUAGCAUAUUCUUGCUACCAUUUUCCACCGAAAUAAGGCAUCCACCAAAAAUAAGCCCUAGUGCACUUUUGGGGAAUAAUAUAAGACCCGGUCUUAUUUUUGGGGAAAGACCAUAUUAGACUAUAAAAAAAUUACCAGUCUAGCUUUGUUCAAAGUUUCACUAAACAGCCUGAGAUUUGUCUGCUAGUUGUCUGAUUUCUGUCUAGGCUGUCAGGCCUGUCAUUCAAACUCCCUUUGUGGUGACCUCACACACGGCAAUGUUUUAACCUAAUAUCUAGGCCUUUAUCAUGGCUUGAUUACAGCCAUGCGUGGCCACAAUAUAGAGAGUUUAAAAUCAGACACUUUCUUUUUUUUCCUCAUUGGCACCUUUUGGGAUUUUCCCCCUUGUUUUAUCUAAGUGGUUAUACUACAUAGUAAUCCAUUAAAUAAAAGGUUCACUUUUCCUUGACUACUGUGAAGCGAUUUAUUUGAGUGUAAAUUGACGUGUACCAGCAAAUCUGAUGUUUAUAAUCCAUUCACUUGCUUCACGUCUCUUCGGUUUAUGAUUAAAUCAAUGUUUGGAGAUAGAUUAUCAGACUCCCAGUUAGAGCUUUUCUAGUGUGGGAAACAAACAGAGAUUUGCUAAAUUAUUUUCUUUGUAAAGCAACCUAUUUUAUACAAAUUCUAAAAAAUUUUUUUGGCAGUUUUGAUCAUUAAAAUGUUCAUCGAAGAUGCAAGGAGACACAGCUAUAUACAUAGUAACAACAUAGGCAUACAAUCAUUAUUCAUUAAAUUGCGUCGGGCAGCAAAAAUAAUAUUCAUGGCUGGCUAUUAAAAGGAAUAAUACUUUGAAUAGUCGUAAGGUUAUGUUAUUUAUUUAAUCUCUGUAUGUGCAGUGUUUCAAAGUUACAGACUCCAGGCACCAUGACCACAUCAAAUUAGUGGCCUUUAGUAUCUAAAACAGCAUCCAGUUAAUGCUUGUUUCUAUUUCCCAAAUUAAUGUUCCCAUUUUAUCAACCAUGGACAGAUAAAGGGUGUAGUGGUCACUCUCAGGACUUGAACAUGUGACCUUGAGGUUUUAUUGGAUACAGCAUUUGUGGCACUUGUCAAAUUAACAUGUUUCCACCCACCGGCAUAAAAGAGAGGUAGUUAUCCACAUUUGUGCUAUAAGCGCCUCAGACAGGCCUCUUCAAAAUAAAUAUCACAAGUGCGUUAUGGUGAUUUAGGCAAGGAUGUGGGAGAAGCAAAUCAACCAAUAUGGGAUGGUCAUAAUAUAUUCCCUUGGGCUGAAUACCUUGGUCUUUUUUAAACGUAGCAAUCCCUCUGGUUAUAACGUUCUAUUUCAGUCGGCUGCAGAUCUUCUGUGUGGUUCAGUGAUGGUCCAGGCCUUUCCUGGUGGCCACAAUGAUUUACCAUCUGGAAGAUCAUACCCUGAAGGUAGCCUCGUCAAUUAUUGGGUGCCUUGAGCAGGUGCUUCCAUAGUAUGUAUGUAGCUAUGAGAACACGUUUUAUCCCAGGGGAGUAAUUACUGUAACAUUGUAUCAGAUUACUCAACAUGAUGCAGUGCUGGUAAUCUCCGACGCAGACUCCUCCUGAUGCUUCCUUACCUGAGCAGAGCGGUGGGAACAUUAAUUACCAGACACCACAUCAUGUUCAGUUCUGCUGCAUUCUCUCCAUGAAAGCAAUAUGUGUGUCCUGGUUAUACAGCCUACCCCUGUUAUACAGCAUCCCAGGAAUGCUUGCUGGCUGCUCUCCAGGCCUGGAUUAUAAGCUGUACUUCACCUUUGCUGGAGGCUGCAUUCAGCUUGUUGUGCGAUUUCCCUGAUUAAGAGUUUUGCAGGAUUAGUCUGAACCACUGAAGCAAGUUUCGCUUAUACAGCCUUUUGUGUCAUUUUCUGGCAUUGUUGGGUAAUAAAAUGCUUGUUUGCAUUUCUCGUUUUGUGUUUUUUAUUGUUUUUCAUUCCCAUAAGACCUGUUACUCAUUCUUUCUCCUAAAAAAAAAAAAAAGAAUAUUAUUAUUUUAUCCCAAAGGCUUAUGGAGCAUUUAUAAUUUGUUGGCCAACUAAAUAGUUUACAUUGAAUGUGUGAUGGCUUAAACUUUAUCCAGCCUUUUAAAAUGCAAUUAUCUUCUCAAAUAAAAACUGAUUUAGCUGUUCUCUGGGGACAAUGGCAAGUUAGAAAACUCUCUGGCCCAUUCUGCUUUAAGAGCAACCUUGUCACUGUUUGCUUUUUUUUGGUUUUCCUUUCCUCAUGCUUUCUGUAUCUUAAUGAUUAUACCCCCCUCCCUUGUCACUUGCCUUAUAUUUAUAUUAAAGGAGCACUAUAGGGUCAGGAACACAAACCUGUAUUCCUGAUCCUAUAGGGUUAAAACCAUCAUCUAGCCACCCUGGUCCCCUCGUGCCUCCCUAAAUAUAGUAAAAUCUUACUUGUAUUCAUGCCUGAAGCUGUAGCUCUGCAUGCUGUUUGCCUCAGAAUAGCAAACUGUCUGCUGACCUCAUCAGAAGUGGUGGCCUGAUCCAUUCGCAAUGCUUCCCCAUAGGAUUGGCUGAGACUGACAAAGAGGCAGAUCAGGGGCAGAGCCAGCAUGAUUCAAACACAGCCCUGGCCAAUCAGCAUCUCCUCAAAGAGAUGAAUUGAAUCAAUGUAUCUCUAUGAGGAAAGUUCAGUGUCGGCAUGCAGAGGGUGGAGACUCUGAAUAUUUGGAUGCAUUUUAGGCAGCCAUGACCCAGGAAGGAUCUCUAACAGCCAUCUGAGGAAUGGCCAGUGAAGUUAUCACUAGGCUGUAAUGUAAAUACUGCAUUUUCUCUGAAUCAAACAGUGUUUACAGCUAAAAGCCUGAAGGUAAUGAUUCUACUCACCAGAACAAAUUUAAUAAGCUGUAGUUGUUCUGGUGACUAUAGUGUCCCUUUAAUAUAUGUUUCCAUAUGAUCUUAAUACCUGGGUGCAGCCAUUUUGUUCUCCUCCAUCUGUAAUGUCUGCUAUUUGCCCUUUUGUGGGAUAAUUUAACCAAUGGAUUUUGGAUUCAUUUGAUUGGUAACUACAAUAGAACCCUGCUUUAAGCUCUGCUUAUUGUAACUUUUGUCAACUUGACUCCUAUACAUAAGAAAACCUAGUUUUAUAAAAACUAGAGCUCUCUGAGAAAGAAAUAAAAUGAUACAAAAUUCAGACAUAGGGAGCUAUAUGGAAGCAGAUUAGAUGGUGUGUAUUUUUGUGAAAUACCCUGUUUAAUAGCAACCCUGGAACUAUAGACCUGUGUUCUAUGGUUUUCCCGAGAUCUUGGGGGCAGUAGUUUGUCUGUGAAGCAAAAAGAUUAAUACUUGAAGAAAAAAUAUUUGCUUAAGCAAUGACUCCCAAUAUUCUAAACCGAUCUAGGUAAUUUUAGCAUGCAUGAGGGUGUAGUCACGGGUGGGGCUGUUCUGAGAAAAUGUAGGUGACUUACUAAUGGUAAUUUAUACAACGAAAUCACAAUUUGGAGCACAAACAAUGUAUCAAAUUUCGAAACAUGUUUAUUGUGGUAUGGUCUCUGUGAAUAAAAGACACAUCACUAGGAGUAUUAUUGCUGUGGAGCUCUGUUAUAUACACACACACACCAACAAAAUGGAGUUCCUAGAAAAGAGGGACAUUAGGUUAUAAAAGAGGGACAGAGGGAUUUGGGCACAAAAUAGGGACUGUCACUCCUAAAUAGGGACACCUGGUAUGUGAGAUAUGUUCGCUUUAAGAUAGUGUGAUGGUUUAUUGGCAUUCUAAAAAAAACAGGUAUAUGGUCAUAUACGCCCAUUCCGGUCUGAAUAUCUAGUUCUACUUGGUCUGUCUAUAAUGCUAUUAAACUGCAUUGUCCUUGGCAGGGCCGCCAUUGGGGGGUGACAACCAUGACGGUUGUCACAGGCCUGGGGGGCCUACCACCUGGACCCCACGUGUAGCGGUGGAACUGUCCACCUUAGUUCGCCCAUUGAGUGACCCAAGCAUUUAAGGCCCCACGAUGGGCCCUAAACCUUCAGGCACUCAGUCAGCUCUGCGGCCAUAUAAAAGCGUGAUUGGGCCCAUUUAAUAAAAAAAAAAAAAGCACAAGUACUGCUGGGAGGAAGUGAUGGCCAGUUACUUCCUCCCAGCUCACUCCGCGUGGGAGGGAGGUAGAAGAGAGACAGCCAGGCCGUGAAGAGGGAGAACCCACACCAACUCCCGUCAGCCCCAGCCACCCUCCUGCAAUGAAAAGGUAAGAAACAGGAGGGUGGCUGAAAAAUGAGAUGUGUGUGUUUUUGUGUGUCUGUCAGUAUGUCUGUCUCUGUCUGUAUGCAUGUUUGUGUGUUAGUAUGCAUACAUACAUGUAUGUCAGUCUGUACAUAUGAAUGUAUGUAUGAAUGUAUGUCUGUAUUAAUGUAUGUGUGUGUGUGUCUGUAUGUAUGUAAGUUAGUGUCUGUAUACGUGUAUAUGUCUCAGUAUAUGUGUGUGUAUCCUUGUAGGCGGGCUUGGAGGUGGGCCUGAUGGCGGCCCUAAUCGUUGGUCUUUAACAUGAAAAGUGUCACUAGUCAGUCUGUCUGAUUGACCAUUCUAAUUUUGACUCUACAGUAUAAUAGUGACAAAUGUUACCCAACUCCAUUGAGUAAAAAAACCAAAACUCUAUAUAUGAGCAAAUCAUAAUAAUUACAAAUUAUAAUAAUUAUGUCUGUGUAUGAAAAGACCUUUGCAGAUUCUGUGACUAACACAUCUAGGAUGGAAUUGAAAGAAAAAAAAAUGGAGUUGUGCUCCACUUUUACCAUUUUUCAUAGAGUCCUUGAAAAUAUUGUUUGUCUUAUCCCAAAAUAUAAACAUAACUAUAACUAUGUUUAUAUUUUGGGAUAAGUCAAACAAUAUUUUCAAGGACUAUUUUGUAUGUUUAUUGGGGUCAUGUACCCUUUACUAUACAAUGCAUUUUUUAAAAUAGGUUCCUCCAAUUUCCACAAAUGGAAAAAAAAAAUCUAUGAAAAAUGGUAAAAUUGGAACACAACUCCAUUUAAAAAAAAAAAAAAAAUUCAAUUCCAUCCUAGAUGUGUUAGUCACUGUAACUGCAAAAGUCUUUUCAUACACAGACAUAAUUAUUAUGAUUUGUAAUUAAAUUCUACAAGACAAAUUGUUCUGGGUAAUUUAUGUUUCCUGUGACAUUUUAGAUUAAACAUUGAUUAAAAAAAUAAUAAUAAUCUGUUCUCUCAUGAAUUCACUGAAGGGAAGUGUAGAGUUUGCUGAGAGCUUGGUUCUCUUGAUAAACUAAUUAAGAUUGCAAUAAUGCAAUUUAGUUGCUGCUGUAUUUUCAAAACCAAGACUAGGCAUGCUCAGGCAAGAAGCAAGGUGUGGCAUUGUAAUAUGCAUUUAAAUAUCAGGAGAUUAAUAGUGAAAAAUCAACUGAAUAUCAGGCAGAAAUCACACCUCAAGCAGCCAGUAAAACUGUGAAUUGGCAGCACAAAUGAGGUAUCAAUUACAUUUAAAAUGAGCCACCAAACUGGAAAACACAUUAUUAAAAAAAGUCCAGAUUUGGCUUGAAACUGCAAAUUAUUAAAUGCACUUUUGCCCAAUUCUGUGGUUAGUGUGCAAACACAAUGCUGAAUAAUUAGCACUACGGUGGUGUGGGGGUUGUGGACUGCCCUGGGUGACACCAUCAGAGGGGGUGACACCAACAGGGCCAGUGCUACUUUAAGUGAGCGGAGAUGGCCACCUGGCCGGCAGGGUUAUGCAGUGGGUUCUUUAUCCCUUUAUGGGCCUUUUGGUCUGCACCUUUGUCAGACCAAAAGGUUUAUCCUUUAUCCUGCUCACGAGCUGCAGCACUGUCACUGAUAGUAUUGUAGCGUUGCUGUGGUACAGGAACUCCCAACAUGAAUAUACAAGGCCUGCACCCAGAGAAGGCGCAGACCAGAAGAGCACACCACUGGACCCUCAAGGAUCUCAUAUGGUCUGAUGUGGAAGAAGGUCCAAAGAGAGGUGACACCAGAAAUUACUGCAUUGGUUAACACCAAUCCCAGUGACACCUCUGUAGUUCACCUUGUUAUUGAUAAUUCCUUACAAACUGUGUAAUUCUGUGCCCCUGCCUCACCCCUUUCUGUACUACAACUCACUGGGAAACAUUUGGAAAGCUGUGAUCAUAUCCACCUGUGUGCACGCUCAUGGCUAUAGCACAGAGUCUUCACAAUCAUAAGCCUCUGAUUUUGCUGGGAACAGUGCAGAAAAAAAUGCAUGUUUGAGGGUAUAUCUACUAAAUAGUUAACAAAAACCUCUGAGUAUUUUAUUUUAAGAAUUAGUAAUUGAAGCAUAAUUUCAGACAAAGUAAGUGCAGGGAUUGAUUACAUACACACCAGAGGAUAACUUUAAAUAGGUUUUUGACUCUGAUCAUUAUUUUAGCAACAUCCUUCAUUCUGAAGAGUAGUGAUGUCCCGAACGGUUCGCCGCGGUUCACCGCGAACGGUUCGCCGAGGACUCCAGUCAGCAGACACAUUCCAGCCAAACAGCAGCAGACCCUCCCACCUCCUGGACAGCAUCCAUUUUGAAGCUGCAUUCUUAGUGAGCUGUCCAGGAGGUGAGAAUCUGGGAGGGAGGGUUUGCUGCUGAUUGGCUGGAAUGUGUCUGCUGACUGGAGUCCACUGCGAACCGUUCAGGACAUCACUACUGAAGAGUUGUGGGGGUGGGGAGGGGGGGGAUUUCUUGUGAUCCGCAUGAAUGGAUGCAUACACCACUUGCGUCAUGUGAUCUGAUGGAUACACGUGCAAUUAUACAUCAGCAAGGCAUGUAGAUAUUGUGGUUUUAAAGGUGUAGGUUUUGUAGUUUCACUAUCCAUUGCUUACACCAUAUAUCACAAAGAUACAUGAUGUUUGCAGUGUAAAAUAUAUGGAUUUUACUCCCCUUUCCUCCGUUCUGAUAUCUAAACACAUUUAUUGUAGUUUUAAAAGCACAUUACUAACCUUGUGGUUGCCAAAAAAAAAUAUUAUUUUUUUUUUUGUAAAUUCUUUAUUUUGUCAUACAGGUGAGUACAAUAAACAUAAGCAAACGCUACAACAGCGUACGUGUGCGUGUGAACAAAUCGAGCAUUAGUUCUGAUAAUACAAGUGUUGAUCAUGCGCGAUCCUGAAUACUCAAUAGUCGUCAAGCGCCAUAUCGUUUAACAGGAAAAUGAAUACAAUAGUAACAUCGGUGCAUAAGAGCGCAUUUACAGAACAGAUAAAAACUCUAGAUUGAAUAGCUUAGUAAAAACGUGGCAACGCUUCCUCUCUAAAUUAUAGUAUGCUGCUGUGUCUCCGAACUAGCAAGGUUGGCAGGAAAAAUAAGGCAGUAACAUCGUAGUAACAACAGAAUUAAGACGGAUAUGAUGCAUGAAGUCCGAAUACAGGAGCAGUAUUAUUGAUUGACAUUUGGGACAUAAACUGUAAAGCUCAAUUCAAGGUCUCAUGCACACGUGUCAAUAUUAUGGUGCCAACACUGGGAUUCAGUUUCUAGUGCCUGAUGCAGUACAGAUCAGGGGGCGAUUCCUUGAAUCCAGGCUUCCACUCGGAGCCUCCCGUAGAAGUGAACCCCAGGGGAAAUUAUGAGGUCGGAGUUAGCCUAAUGGGUUGGGUCUGUUUGUGUGUCCCCUAGGUCGGGUAUGGGUUAUGUCUGUGUCUAGUCACCUUGAUGAAUUGUUAAUCUAUUGCUUAGCUCCUAUCCGCUCAGUAGUUAGUUAUGUCCUACCUCGAUGACAUGUUCUCCAUGCGUCAGAGCCUGUUCUGCCGCUGUCUUUCAGUCUUGUGUAAGUCGGAAGAUCGUGUCAGUAGAACUAUCUACACGUCAUGGUAAUAUCUUGUGCGUCAACGUGUUCGAGCCCUCCCGGUUCCGACCCCCUCGGCCGCAAGCCGCUCCGCCCCCGCGGUGUCCCUUAGUGGAGUUACACGCAAGCAGUAGUUGUAGCAGGUAUAAAAAGGGGGGAGGAGUAGGGGGUGUGGAAGGGUCUUUGAGCAGUUUACAUCGGAGUGCGCCCGGGCAUCCCCAGCCCCCGGGAGUCGCAGUGAGCUCGUGCCUCUCUAAGUUCUGGUACGGGAGAGAUAAACAUACCAUGGGGUCCAGAUGUCGACAUGUCUGGUGCUUCUCCCUAGUAGUUCUGCGUAUCGUGCCUCAGCUGUGUGUAUUUCCUCAACUCUCUGUAGCCAUUCUGCUACGGUUGGUGGGUGGAUCUGCUUCCACUUAGCUGGUAUAGACGCUUUCGCAGCAUUGAGCAGGUGUCUCAGUAUCGAUCUCUUAUAUUGGGCUAUCGAGCUUUCCGUAAAGUGUAGUAGGGCCAUUUCCAUGGUAAAUUCUGGUAAGUCACCCACGAUUGUCGUUAUCUCCCUCUUGAUGUCUUCCCAGUAUGGUUUAAUCCGCGCGCAGUCCCACCAGAUAUGUCGUAGGGUGCCUGUUUGGGAUUCGCAUCUCCAGCACGUAUCUGUCGUUCCCGGGAAUAUCCUGUGUAAUAGAGAUGGGGUUCUGUACCAGUGUGAGAGUAAUUUGAAGUUGACCUCCUGAUACCUUGUGCUUAUGGAGCUCUUGUGUUGUAAUAUUAAUAUCUGCUCCCAUUGCGCCUCUGUGUACGUCCUUGCCGUCAGUUCUUCCCAUUGCCUCUUAAAUGCAUUUUUACGUGUGCGAUCCCCUGUGAUCAACUGCUGGUAAAGGAUUGAUACUCUGCCGUCUGUGUCGGUGUUUGUCACGCAGAGGUGUUCGAACCACGUCUGUUCUCUGUGGAUCGCUUCACGGUUGGGAAGGUUGUAGUAGAAGUGCCGCAAUUGUGUGUAUCGAAAUCUGUGCAUCAGCGUGUGUAGUGUCGCCGUGCUCCAUUCUGGCAGGUUUCUCAUUCCUGUGUUGCUCAGGACCUUGGACAACGGGAUAUAAUCUCCGUCUCCAUCUAUCGGCCAGGCAGAUCGGUGUAGUCCCCCGCCUAUCAUGCUAUUGUGUGUUAUCGGGAUCAAGGGGCUUGGUUGUGGGGAGAUAUAUUGGUUUCGCCUCAGGGAAGACCACGUCUUCAGCGUUUGUACGAUGGGUGAUUCAUUGCCCAGUUUUGGUGCCGCGUCCGCUGUGCCUUGCCAUAUAUACAUGUGGAGGGCCUUGUUCGUACUCUCCCUGUCCAAGGCAGCCCACAAUUUGUGUUCAGGUGCUGUGUGCCAAUCUCUAAUCCGUUGUAAAACCGUGGCCUGAAAAUAUUUGCGAACGUCGGGCAGCGCCAGUCCGCCCCAGUUCUUGGGUAGACACAAUUUGUCGUAGCUGAGUCGUGCUCUCUCUCCCUUCCAGACAUAUUUUAUCACCGCCGAUUUAAGUGUUGUAAAGAAUUCUGGGGGUACGUGCCAGGGGAUGGUGUGAAAAUGGUAAAGCAACCUUGGUAGAAUAUUCAUUUUAACCACCGCUAUGCGUCCCUGCCAGGAUAUGUGGUCAAAGUUCCAAUUUUUGAGGUCGAGCAGUAUUGUGCGUAGAAGGGGCGUGUAGUUUCUGGCAUAUAUCUCUUUCGGUUCGCUGGGUAUCCAAAUUCCCAGGUAACGCAUCUGGCCUGGGCACCAGUGGAAGGGGAAUUAACGUUCGAUCCGUUCCCUUACAGCUGUUGGGGCCGACACGUUCAACAGUUCGCAUUUAGUUUGAUUUAGCUUCAGUCCCGAUACCCGGCCGUAUAUGUCAAAUUCCUCCAUCAGAGCCGGCAUGGAGUUGAUAGGGUUGUCGAUAAAAAAGAGCAUGUCAUCUGCGUAUGCGGCUACCUUAUGUUCCUGGUCCUUAUGUCUAAACCCCCUAAUCUCUGGGGUUUGCCUUAUCCUGUCCAAGAACGGCUCCAACGAGAGGGCAAAUAGGAGCGGCGAUAGCGGGCAGCCCUGCCUGGUGCCAUUGUGUAUGGUAAAGCUGUCUGUGAGCGCGCCAUUCACCCUCACUCUGGCAUUAGGGUUAGCGUAGAGCGCCUCUAUCCAGGCUAUCAUUCCCGGUCCUAGGCCGACCUUAUGCAGUGUUGCCAUCAUGAAGCUCCACGUUACCCGAUCAAAUGCCUUUUCAGCAUCUGUGGAGAGCAUUAGCAACUCCGUGUCUCCCUUAAGGGCCAAUGCCUGUAUAGAGAACGCCCUUAGAGUGCAGUCCCUGGCUUCCCGGCCUGUCACGAAACCUGUUUGGUCAGGGUGGAUUAGGCGCUGGACAUACGUUUGUAGUCUUGUGGCGAUGAUUUUGGAGAAGAGUUUCACAUCCGUGUUAAGGAGUGAGAUUGGCCGGUAACUGCCGCAAUUUUCGGGAUUUUUGCCUGGCUUGGGUAGCACCGUAAUUGUGGCAGCUAGUGUUUCUUCAAAGGAAAUUGUCACCCUGUUGGAGUCGGUUGAGGGCUGCUGUUAAGUGUGGAUUCAAAAUGCCUCCAAACAUUUUAUAAUACCCCGCCGAUAGCCCAUCCGGACCUGGCGCUUUCCCCCUCUUCGCUGCCUUAAUUGCCGCUUGUAUUUCUUCUAUGGUGAUCGGGGUUUCCAGCAUUUCCGCUUCCUCCGGCGUGAGGGCGUCCGGUCGAAAUCUUUGUAAAUAGCGCGUUGUGGCUUCCUGCAGAGCGGCACGUUGAGUGUCGGGCGUCGACGAGGUGUUGUAUAGUCGUUGAUAAUAAUCACGGAAUUCGUUUGCUAUAUCCUCCGGGAAUUGUGUGAGGGUGCCAUUGGUCCUUCACAGUGCAUGUACCUGCGCCCUGGCUUGUUGCGGUCGGAUCAUGUUGGCCAGGAGUCUCCCACUUUUAUUGGCGUGGAUGUAGAAGAAGGCUUUAGAUUUCUGCGUCGCUCGAUGGUGUUUGCGUGCUAUCAGUUCUGUCAAUUGUCGUCGUGCGUCUAAAAGACAGCGAUAGUGUUCCUCGAGUUGUGACCGUUUGUGCAGAGUUUCCAAAUUGGAAAUCUGGCCGGUAAGUUCCAGCAUGUGUUGCUGUAUUUCCUUCUUCUUCCGUGAUGCAAUCCUUAUGAGGUGGCCCCGAAGCACACUUUUGUGCGCUUCCCAGAGUGUCACUUUAGAAACGUCUUCCGUAUCAUUCUCAGUGAAGUAGUUGGACAGGUGUUCCGUCAGGAGUGUCUUUACUCCCAAGUCCAACAAGAGUGACUCAUUCAAUCUCCAUGUCGAUUUAGAGGGUCUGAAGAGAGGGGAGUCCAGGUGUACUUGUACUGCGCUAUGAUCCGACCAUGGUGUUGGUUCAAUUUCGGCUGAUCGCAGACGUUGUAACCCUUCCUGCUGAAUGAGGAUGUAGUCGAUACGCGAAUGUCUCCUGUGAAUGGCCGAAUAGUGCGUAUAAUCUCGAGUCGUCGGGUGUAAGGUUCGCCACGCAUCCACCAGUCUCAGGUCUAACAGCGUCUUCCUUAUCGCCCUGAUCGCGGUUUGUGGUAUGCUGCUGUGUCCGGUCGAUGAGUCGGAUAGUGGGUCGAGUGGCGCGUUAAAGUCCCCCCCCUAUGACAAGCGAACCUUCCGUGAACGUUGCCAGUUGGCGAAUCGUUUUGUUCAGAAACGUCGCCUGCUUUGCAUUUGGCGCAUAGAUUGAUGCGAAGGUGUAAAUUCUUCCAGAUAUAGUGCCUUUGAGAAAAAGGUAUCUGCCGUUUGGGUCCGUGAGUUGGUCCGUCUGGGUGAAUUGGAUAUUAGCGGCUAUCAGUAUCGCCACUCCUGCCCUUCGGUCAGUAGGGUGGGUGCUGUGGCAGUUGGUUGGAUACCGUCUGUCCUUCAGUCUGUUGGUGUCCACCGAUUUGAGGUGCGUUUCCUGCAGCAGAGCCACUGAGAUCCGCUUACGGUGAAGUUCCCGUAAGAGAUGUGAGCGCUUCUCAGGUGGGUUAAGGCCCCGACAGUUCUGUGUUAGGAUGCUGAGGGGUUCGGCCGUGUAAGCCAUAGAGAGAGAGUGAUUGCGCGUACAAGUCCUGCGGUGUUUGGUCUCCCGUGGGGAGAUCUAGGUGCCCGUGCGCACUCCUACUGCAAUAAGUGGGGGGGGAUGAGUGAGCGCUACAACGGGAAGUGGGUCGGCUAUGACACCCAGUCGUUGGAGGGCCUGUGCCCCGCAGGUCAGCGGCUCGGCCCGCGCCCGAUUCGGUCCGACCCGGGAGGUCUCUGAUUGGAGGCCACAAUAAUGUGGUCUCUGUGUGGUAUAUCCCUCAGUAUGAGGGGAACCUGUGUAGCUGGGCGGAGUUCAAAGCCGUACCGUCUCCUAGUUGGGCUAGGGCAGCCACGGAGUUGGAUCCCCCAGUAAUCAGGUCUACACAGGUCUGGUCGGGGUUAGUGGAAUUGGCUAGUCCAGCGUGUUGCCUGCUGAGUAGCAGGAGUAUACUAUCUAGUGUUUACGGUAAAGUAUGAGGGUUACCUAGUGAGAUGUCCGUGUCCCACAUGUUCCAAACUGACGUCAUUGGCUAUUUUUCUUAAAUGAACGGUCUGUAUGUCUCGUGACAAUGGGGCGUGGGUGGUUGUCCAGGAGUCUUACCCUGCGUGGAAGGUUAUCGGUGUGUCUCGGGGCGUCUACCCGACAGUCCCCCCUGAGUCGCCUACCGUGUUGUAUGACCAGUGUAACGCAAAGGUGGCAUGCGGUGUGCAAUGGGUCGUGCCGGUGCGGCCGGGGGAGGAGUCGUCACCACAUGAGCCUGCGUCACACGGGGAGGGCCUUGGGUGGACGUCUCUAGGAUAGUUAGCGUUGCGUGACCUGUCCGUUAGGGGGUCAGAUCUUUCGUGCUUAGGUUUACCAUGCCGUAGGAUGUGCAUGUGCAUGUGGAGAUGGUAAUAACACUGUGUCAGGGGGGAUACGUGUCCUGUAAAGUGUGCAACGUUUUAAAUAUACAGUGCCCCACCAUUGAGUGUGCAUCUCCCAUCCCCACCCUCAUCAGUCCCAGCCCAUCCCCCAGGUGCCAUCCACAUAAACAUGGUGAUACCUUAGGCAGCACAGCUAGAGCCCCAGCCCCCCCCCCCACCCCACCCCAUCCCGGCCCGACCCCUAGGCCAUUCUACUAGCAUAACCUAUACAUACAUCAUCCAUAUUACAACCUGGAAUAACAGUGCCUAGGUGCGUGUUCCCUCAGGCCCCUUCUUUUCCCCCCCACUCCCGCCACCCCCAGACAAAAGUCCAGUUAUCGGUGUAGCACGGCAAGUUCGCUCUCGCUUCGCCCGAAUGGGCCAAAAAAAAAAAGAAAAUAUUAAUAACAGUAAGGCAGCAACAGAGAAUGAACUUUUGAAUAUUGGAAUCCAAUAUUUAUGAACAAUUUUUAUUAACCUAUUUCAGGUAACAAUUAGAAACAUUAAUUGGUUUCCUGUGCUGUGUAACUUGAUUGAUGGCUGAGUUCAUGAAUGCACAAUGUGCAGUGCUUAAGCAUUCUAUGGACAUUGUGAUCGAACCCCAGCUGACCUUUAGAAAGAAGGUCCAUAAGAUAAAACAUUCUUUUCUUGGCUCUAAUAACUUUAAAACUGUGCUCAGUUUGAAAAGAAACAAACCAGGAAUACACCAUCCAUAUUUCAAUGAAGAAUUACAUUAUCAUUCAAACAAAAAUAUAACAGGAUGACUUUAAAGCAGCGUGAUUUCACCUUGUUUUUUUGACAGAAGAAAACCGUCAUGGACACUGGGCCUGACCAGCUGGACGCUCGGUAUUUUGGAGAGCUGCUGGCUGAGCUCAGCCGUAAGAACAGUGACUUGUACAGCUGCUUGCUGCAGCAUGUGGAGAAGAUUGGAGGAAGGUAAGGACAUGCUCUGAUUUUCUUGGGUUCUCAAGAUAGCAUCUUGUUGCUUUACGGCAGUGGUUCCCAACCCAGUCCUUAAGUAUGCCCUAGCAGUCCAGGAUUUAGAGAUCACCCAGUUGUGUCAAGGUGUUUUAAAAAAAACAAACACAGAAAACCACUUUAGACACAAAAGGGUAAUCCCUAAAUCCUGAAUUGGUAGGGGGUACUUCAUGGUGAAGGAUGCAAACUGUAGUCAUUAUGGAAUUCUUGAAGAUAGGGCAUCUCUACUGAAAUCAGUGUAAUGGCAAUUGCUGAUGUCAAAAAUGCAUUUUAGAAGAUGAACCCUUUAUUAAAACUGUUGUAACAUAAAUUACUGUUUUUCUGAGAACUGUGUCUUCCAGCAGGCAUUUGCCGUUGCUUAAGGUCACAAGCACAAUGGCUUUAGCUUUCCAGCUUUCGUGGAUUACAAUUCCACCCCUCACAAUAUGUCAAAUGGACAAAGAUUGACACUUUAAUUUUUGGGGUGUGCCGAGGGGGGUGGGGGGGUGGUAAGCCCAGGAGUGGGGCUUUUCAGAGAAAUAUUAGAGACUCACUGGUAACAAUUCAAAUUUAAAUCAAAAUGUGAUUUAGAUCAGUAACAAUGUAUCUUAUUUACACAGACUGAUUUCUAAACACAUUUAUUGAAGACACAUUGUGAGUGUUGUUGCUGUGGAGCUCUGUUAUGACCAAGACACACCAACAAUAUGGAGGUCUUGGAAAAGAGGGGCAUUAGGAUAGAAAAGAGGGAGAGAAGGAUUUGGGCCCAAAAUAGGGACUGUCCCUUAAAUAGGGACACUUGGGAGCUAUGCAAUUCCCAUAAUACGACUCUUUAAAUUAAUAUCUGAGAUCCUAAAAAAAUGAAGGCAUCUCUUGCUCGUCUUUCUAUGGGACAAAAUACCUCUCUACGGGUGAUAUGAUGCCGUACCAAGCAGACGCAUGGAUAUGGUGCUUCUCCACCCGCUUAUCAUGCUUUCAUUACAGUAUACCACUACCACCUGCUCUGGAAGCCUAAUAGCUGACAUUAUGUAUCUCUGGGUUACAGUGAGAUUCUAUCAUGAUUGUGUUACAGUGACAUUUUGUUGCCAUUGGGUAUCACUGCGUUACAAUAAAAUUCUGUUGCCCUUCCAAGCACCAUGCAGUAAUGUUACCGUAGCUCUAUAUUUCCUGCCUCUGUUUUUAUCUUCAAUUCUCUCUGCCCACUUUGCCUGCAUAAUUCUGUCUGUUUUGUUUUCAGAAAACCCUCGGAUUCAGAAUAUGAGGUAAAUAUAAACACCCCUGCAGCAUGUUUAAAAUGUAAAGCAGGGGAUAAAAUAGUGCAGGGAGCUUUGUGAUAGAAACACAUUUUAAUGUGAUUCCACAGAGGUAAUGCACACAAGAAAUCUCCCAUUCUCUCGCCUCUCUCUCUUUUAUGUCUGUUUGAGUGUUGCUUUAUUACUUUUAUGUCUUCGUCUAUAUCUGCCUUUCAUUAUUUUUUUUACCUGUGUCUCUCUCUCUCUCUAUCUUUUUCUCAAGUGGAGGUGGUUUCUAAAGUAAACUGCUCGUACUUAUCCUAGAUUGAUGGGAUUGCUGCCAAAACGAUGCACUCUGUCAGCUAUGUAAUCCCAUAGACACUAUAACCAAUUGUUACAAAGAACAAUUUUGGAGUACAGUUUGCCAUGAGAUAGUGCAGUCACCAUGGAAACCAUUUUUAGGUUUUUGCCUGAUCAGCAUACACCUGUCUUCAUAUAACGUACCAAUUUCUCUUUUCUUUUAAAUGACUGUGUUGAGUUUAAAAAAAAAUAAAAAAAUUCUUGUUACCUCUCACUCUUUCUACCCCACGUAUAACCCGGUGAAUAUUCCUGGAAGCCCACGACUUGACUGCAGUAUACAGUGUGUAGAUUUAAAGUGGCAGCAGCCAGUACUGAUCAAGAAAACAGAUCUAGCCCAAAAGGAUCCCCUUCCUGCUUAAAAUCCUGUUCUUAAUUAUUUACCCUCUAGAUCUCCAGGAUUGUAGUUGCUCUGGGUAUCCUGUUCUUAAUUAUUUACCCUCUAGAUCUCCAGGAUUGUAGUUGCUCUGGGUAUACAGUCAAAUGGUUUUAAACUAAUGGGCAUGUGUUUGCGGCUCCUACACUUUAAAAUAAAUGUUUCCCCAAAUCAAAGGAUAGAAAAACAUAGAAUUAGAUCUGCUUCUUGCUGAUAUCCUGCUGGGUGGGAGUUAUCCAAUUAUAAGAAUAGGGCAUUGUGAAACGUGGUUCUGGAUAACCUUACCCUAAUUGGUGGAAGGUUUGCUGUUUAGUAAUUAAAACUAGCCGUCUGUUUUCAUUUCUUGCAGACAGGAGAAGAUAUCGAAGCUCUGAUCCCAAAAGGAGUGUCUGAACUCACAAAACAGCAGAUCCGGUACCUCCUACAGGUAGGAAAAUAAACUCCAGAGAACGUAUUCUUAAAAUAAACUUUACAGAUACACUGUGGUAUUUGGCAGCUUCUAGAUAGCAAAGACAUGAGAAUCUUCCUCCAAGGAGGAGUACAGCUAUCUGGACUGAAUGGAAACUCUGUUAAAGGGACACUCCAAGUGUCAUAUCAAAACUUCAUGCUCUUUUAUGAAUUUUUUUUUUUUUUUAUACCGUAUAUACUCGAGUAUAAGCCGACCCGAAUAUAAGCCGAGGCUCCUAAUUUUACCCCCAAAAACUGGGAAAACUUAUUGACUCGAGUAUAAGACUAGGGUGGGAAAUGCAGCUACUGGUAAAUUUCUAAAUAAAAUUAGAUCCUAAAAAAAUUAUAUUAAUUGAAUAUUUAUUUACAGUGUGUGUAUAUAAUGAAUGCAGUGUGUGUAUGAGUGCAGUGUGUGUGUGUAUGAGUGCAGUGUGUGUGUAUGAAUGCAGUGUGUGUGUUGUGUGUGUUGCAGAGCCUUGGUGGGGGGUGGGCAUUUUUAUUAUUAUUUUUUUUAAAUUAUUUUAAUAAUUUUUUUGUUUUAUUAAUAUUUUGUUAUUUUUUAUUUUAUUAUUAUUUUUAAUAUUUUAUUAUUAUAUUUAUUUUUGUCCCCCCUCCCUGCUUGAUACAUGGCAGGGAGGGGGGCUCUCCUUCCCUGGUGGUCCAGUGGCAUUGGCAGUUCAGUGGGGGGAGGAGGGGGGCUGGCAGAGCUGUUACUUACCUCUCCUGCAGCUCCUGCCAGCUCUCUCCUCCUCCGCGCCGGUCCGGUCAGCACCUCGGUCAGCUCCCAGUGUAAGUCUCGCGAGAGCCGCGGGGUCAUAGUGCGGCUCUCGCGAGACUUACAGUGUGAGCUGAGAGAAGAGCUGCACGGACCGGCGCGGAGGAGGAGAGAGCGGACAGGAGCUGCAGGAGAGGUAAGUAACAGCUCUGCCAGCCCCCAGUCUGUAUUAUGGCAAUGUAAAUUGCCAUAAUACAGACUGACUCGAGUAUAAGCCGAGUUGGGGUUUUUCAGCACAAAAAAUGUGCCGAAAAACUCGGCUUAUACUCGAGUAUAUACGGUAAGUUUGGGAAUUCAAAGUGGACAAGUUACAAUCUAUAGUGAAUAACCCUGUAUAUUUAGUUUAUGAUGCAGGGAGCUUUCUGCUACUGUAUCCCUUAAUCCUAGUGUAAGGUCCAACCAAGUUUUCCCCCAAUCAGAAAUAUAUCCUCACCUGCCUACUCACCACUGUUAUAGGUGGUUUGGGCCUACCUUGAUUCGUCUUAGGUAACUGGUAAAUGGUCUAUUUCAUAGAUUCAUCCAUAAACAAAAAUGGGAAUUAUGCUAUUUAACAAUAAAUAGGACAUGCCAGCCAGCUGCUAUUAAAUUGCAGAAAUCAUUAACGUUCUCCAAAUGGGGGACAUCUUGAGGUCAUAUUUUAUUUCAAUUUUUUUUUGUACAUUUAUUCAUAUUUAAAUUCUCUCCAUAAAAAGGGUCAAACACAUCCAGGUAUAUCCCUUUAAGCAUAUUGAAACCCCUAACAAUGUAUUUUGCACUGAAUCUGAGAUCCAAGGUUGUGAGGUCAUCGGGCGAAUUUUCUCCCUGAAUUCACCCUGAAAAGCUGAUGAGGUUAUAAUGUCAUAAGAUUCAAUUUUCUCUCUUUCUAAUUCUUGCACAUUUUAGAUGAGGCAUACCUCUGACAAAUCCCUCCGGCUCGUGUUGUCCACUUUCUCCAACCUGAGAGAAGACCUGCUCCAUUUACAGAAUGAUUUGAAUGUACGUUUAUAUACUUUUUCCUGUCUGUCUACAUGAAUUCUUAUAAAGUCCUGCAAUAUAUAUGUGGAUGUUCCCAGGGCCAUGAGUGGUGGUUUCUCCAGGGAAUCCAUUCGUAUUGUGAGUUUAGGGGUUUGGGGUAAAAUAAGUGAGAUCUGUCUUCUUAACUCUUUUAAAUGUCUUGGUAUUCUAUUUGUAUACUGUAUACAUUAUAUUUAAUUUACACUGCAUUAUUUCCUUAAUAAAGUAUAUAGACAUCUCUAUUGCAAUCCUUUUUGUUUUUACAUUUCUGUUGUAGUCUGAAACCAUUAAACAAAUUAUUAUAUGUGAAAUCUGCCUUUUAUGUUAAAUAUUAGUGUACAUUUGUACGACUGUAGGGAGGUUCUGUUACAUAGUUACUCUGUCAACAAUGUGGACAUCAGAUUUAUUAUUGUGGGAAGACUUUGUUUAGUAAGCAUGGAGUGAGUGCGGACACUGACAAAUUCUAUCAUCUUCUGCUCUGCUGAUAGGAGUUGUAGUCUACGGCAGUCUGUGUGCAAAAAAUUGUGUGAAUAAAUACCCGUCCUGUCCCCCACUCCUCUAUUCCUCAGCAUAAUCAAGUACACUGUCGAUACUGUGGACUGUAGUGACAAUCCAUCUCAGCCAGGCUGUGAGUGAUGGUUGUCUCAAUGUACAGCAUCUGAAAUGGGAAAUCCAACUUACAUAAUACUAACAUUCUCUAUAUCAGGGGUAGGCAACAUUCUGCAUUAUAAAUGUGGACUACAUCUCCCAUAAUGCUCUGACAGCUAUAAUGCAGGCAACGCAUCGAGAGAUGUAGUCCACACCAUCUGGAGUACCGAAGGUUGCCUACCCGUGCUCUAGAUGAUGUGGACUGCGCCGGGCUCAGAACGAUAAGUGUUACAAUCAAUUCAAUUUGAUUAGAGCUCAUUCUGCAGGGCACUUUAUUUCAUUUUUUACCAACCUGCUUGAUGUUCCUUGCUGCGAUCGUUUGAGUUCAGUAAAUCCCAUCUUCUUGUGGCAAUAUGUCAAUAAUCUUCAUAUUUCUAUCGGCUCCACAGAAACUAGAAACUGACAAGAAAUCGCUGGAAAGAGAUCUGUCUUUCAAGGAUGCUCAAAUAAAGGAGUAUGAAACCAUCGUGGCAUCGCUGAGAGAGAAAAAUCGCCAGCAGCAGGUACGGCUCAAUGCAAAUCGGGUUCCUAAAUUGCAGUCCGGGAUCCACGAGUGCUCUGUUACAGUGUUAUUCACUAGAGUGAGAAUUCAAGGUCAAUUUUAAGGUGAAAAUAGCCCAACUUGAAAAAAUAAAAUCUCUCAAUCAGCUUUGCUUUCAAAUCAACUACUCUGGCCUUUAAAUUGAAAUUCACUUUAAAUCCUCAGUUUAGUAAAUAGUGAUACAUUGUUUUUUACUAGUCUUGGCUGUGUGUUAAAACACAAUUAUUAGUGUUUACUAGAACGAAUUAAGAAAAUUUUACAUAGUUGCCAACUGUCCCUUGGCUUGACAGCAGUGUUAAUUUUGUCGUCGAGCAAUUUUAGUCACAUUUUUUAGAUUUAGUCAACUAAAACUAAAACCAUUCAGAUGACUAAAAUACGACUAAAACUAAAAUGGCUUUUUAGUCAAAAGACUAUGACUAAAACUAAAUAGAAAUUUGCUGCCAAGUUUAACACUGCACAGAGGGGCUGUGGAAGGGGCACAAAAGACAGAUCAGGGCUUGGGAGAGAGACACCUAGAGGGGCUGAAAGGACACAAAGAGACACAGAGGAGCUGGGGAAGGGGCAAAAGAGACAGAUGUAGGCUAAACCCGUUAGAUUUUAGUCUUGUCGACUAAAGUCUACUGAAGAUUUAGUUGAGUAAAAUGUUCUAGAGAUUUAGUCGACUAAAACUAGACUAAAAUUGUCGACUAAAAUGUUUGAGAUUUAGUCGACAAACAAUUCAGAUGACUAAAAUACGACUAAAAAUAAAAUGACUUUUUAGUCAAAAGACUAUGACUAAAACUAAAUAGAAAUUUGCUGCCAAAAUUAACACUGCUUGACAGCCCUAUUAAUUUUGUCUCUUGUACCAGGAAAAAUAAAUUCUAGAACCCGUCCCACAUUCCAGGGGUGGAACGAGAGUCAGUGUAGCUGCCCACAUCCCACAGGGAAAUGGCCAGAAAUGUGUUUUAUUUCUUUCUUUGUGUGUUUGUCAAUUUGUGUGUUUGUGUAUGUCAGUGUGAGUGUCUGUGUAAAUCUGUGUGAGUCUCUGGAAAUGUUUUUUUCAAAUUGAAGUUAGUGGCAGACAGACACUUUGUAUUUGUGUGCUUUGUGAGCAUCAAACAAAAGAUACUAGCAGGAUCCAUUAUUAGGUAGAAUAUCAAAUUAUAUCAUAAGUGAGUUAGAUUUACAGCUUGGGUAUAUAAGUUUGAAGGUCUUUGAAUCCCUGACAAUACACCCACUAGCAAGUAGCAGCACUGUCUGUCCUGCAUGUAGUACCUAAAACCGAUAAAUUGUCAUAAUAACUAGAAUAUUGGGCAUAUCCACGAAAUCUCAUGUAUAUACUUUGUCUCUCCUCUAAUGCCAGAAAAGGCUCAUAUUUGGUAAAUUAUUGUAAAUUCCUUUCGGGAACAUGGCAGAUGGUAUGUAUGGGGCUGAAACAUAUUGUGCCUGCAGUUUUAUGUGUUUAGGAUGACUGUUGUUGUGGAUGACAUAAAUACAAAAAAUUAACAUUGUUUCAUUUUUCCAUCAGCAAGAACUGAAGGAUAGCGCUCUGAGACUGCGCAGCGUAGAAGAAAGUAUGUUGUCUCAGCGCAAUACAGACAGCGAUAAAGAUUACAGACUAAAAGAGCUGGAAUAUGCAAAGAAUGCCUUGCAGCAGGAAAACCAAACUCUCCGAGUCCAGGUGGGGCCAGAAAUCCUGAUAAAUACUAUUACUUCUCAAUGUGCAAAAAUGAAAAGUCUUAUUUAGAAGAGAACGUGCAUGUGUUUUUUUCCCCUUUUCUGAACAGCAGUAAUUUCCACCACUUUACUACCUGAAACUUGUAGACUUGUUUCCCCCCCCUCGCCGACUGCACCAAUAAACACGUAGACCUAAAAACAUAUUUCGUAAGCCAGGAAGUCCACAAGGAAGUUCUAAGUUGUCUAAUCCUAGAACCAUUUAGUUACGGCUUGCCCCCUUACCAUGGUCGCUGUCGGGGUCUGAUGCUCCCUUAUGGUCCAGUGAUAUUCUUCCUGCUUGUGCAGAGCGGCAGCUGCCAUAAAACGCAUCAAUCAACCUUCAUUAGCCGAGUGUCAGCUGUCCGCUCUCAGCCAAUAACUGACAUCUUGUGUAAUGAAAGUUGCAUAGAGUUGACUUUAGAGUUCUUGAAGCUCCAUGAAGCUGUCAGUAGUGGUGGUUAAUCACUGUAUCUUCAGGAUUUUCAAAGCAAAAUGGUGCACAUACAGACUCCAGGGGCUAGAAGUUCAGUUUAAACAGCUUUAACUUAAUCCACCACCAUGGGUAGGCAACCUUCGGCACUCCAGAUAGUGUGGACUAAAUCUCCCUGUAUUCUUUGUCUGCCUUACAGCUUUAAGAGCAAUAUGUAAGACGAAGUCCACAACAUCUGUGAUGUACAGUCAAUAAUAUAAUAUUCUUUACUAUUUAUUUAUUUACAUAUCAUCUGCUUUCAUAAUCACUAUUCACAGGACGUACAACUAUGGGUUCUCAUGUGCUGUAUUUUUAGAAUAAGGGCUGUGGUUGUUACUUCCAGCAGUUGUACAAGGAAUGCGUUGUUUAUUAUUAAGGACCUCACUUGAAGGCACUUGAACAAGCCCUCAUGUUCUGGCUGAGGACCAAAUGUGGUCUAUGCUGUUAGACACCUCGUGACAGGGUUUUCUAGAGGAAGUUGUGCGAACAUGAGGGAGAAUGGGACAUCUGCCGUUUACAUCAUCUCUGUCUUUCUUUAGAUCUCUGAGACUUGCUCCAGUCCCGUACUCCAGGCCAAGACUGACGAAAUCACCAGACAUUACAAGGAAAUGAUUAAUAACCUCUCAGAGGAAAAAGAUAAAGAGAUCCGCAAUCUGAGGGUAAUUAUCACUACAAACUGUUUAAAAUGCAACUUGCUCUGAAAAUCUGCUGAGUCUUUAGGGUACUGUCGGGCCUGUAAUGUCGCAGGUUGUAUUUCCCAUUCACUGUGAUCAACCAAAGUAUUGAUUUGAAUAUACAAUGUAACAUUCCUUUAACGUUCCCUCCUGGUUUCUGCAGGACUCGCUACUUUUUCUAUUACUCUAGGUCAGGUAUAGGCAACCUUUGGCACUCCAGAUGUCGUGGACUACAGCAUCCUGAUCCUUUCCAAGCAUUAUGGCUGUAAGAGUACUAUGGGAGAGGUAGUCCACAAUAUCUGGAGUGCCGAAGGAUGCCUACCCAUUCUCUAGGUAUUGAGUGUCUUGGAAAGCGUAUUUAAAAUACGCUCUUUCACCUGUUUUCAUGAGAUUCCCUGAGAGUGAUCAUAAACCUAUCUCAGUCCAAGUGUGGUGGCAGAAGGGUGCCCGUUCUUUGUAGUACUGUGAUGCACUUGAUUUAUUAGACAUGGGACCAAAUUCAGCCUUCCACCUUACUGAAUCACUCCACCCCUGAACACUCCAUCUGCCAUUUUGCUGAAUUCAACCCCAGAAUCACUGAAUAGAAACAUAGAAUGUGACGGCAGAUAAGAACCAUUCGGCCCAUCUAGUCUGCCCAAUUUUCUAAAUACUUUCAUUAGUCCCUGGCCUUAUCUUAUAGUUAUGACCAGCAUCCCAGUGGGUUCAUGAUUUGAUUAGUCUUCCUAAGUUAGGUUACUGGAAUGUGACCUCAUUCUGUUUCAGCAAAAUAACAUCUGCUAUUUCUGGCUGUGGGUCAUAGUAGUUGUAGUAUUACAGCAGCUGACUGCUGAAGGGGUAAACCCAUGGCCCGGUGUGCCGAGAGUACAAGCACAGACCGAUAACUGCUCUCCCUGUAGGACUGAUAGCUUAAGGGAAAAAUUUAUUAUUUUCUUCGGUUAAAAAAAUGAAUGACAUUUAAUACAGAAUCAUUGCCUUAAACCAAAAUACUUGCACCUCAAUUCACUUGGCUUCUAAAGAGUGUUCUGCAGGAAUGCUAUUUUAUUUUUUUAUUUUUUUAACAAAAUGUCAUGUUUUCAGUUAAUGUAGUGUUACUGUUGAGAGUGAGACUAUUUCUUAGAUUUUGUGUGAGUUCUUCUUUCUGGUUGCAAUGCUAAGUAACGCUCGCCUUCUUAGAUAUUAUAACAUUUAAAGGAUCACUAUAGUGUCAGGAAAACAAACUCGUUUUCCUGACACUAUGCCAUCCUUGGGGGACCCUCACCCUCAGGGUCCCCCUCCCGCUGGGCUGAAGGGGUAAAAACCCCUUCAGCCACUUACCUUAAUCCAGCGCCGGUGACCUCUCCUCCCCCGCCGACGUCAGCUCCCAAAUAGAGCGAAAUGCGCAUGCGCCGUGCUCGCAUUCAAACAGUCCAUAGGAAAGCAUUUUUCAAUGCUUUCCUAUGGAAGUUCUGCUAUGUUUACAUGUGAAGGGUUAAAACCUGAGGGACCUGGCACCCAGACCACUUCAUUGAGCUGCAGUGGUCUGGGUGACUAUAGUGUCCCUUUAAGUGAUACAUAUAAAUUGAGAGAAAGGUGUUGUUUAUAAACAGGAUGUUAAUAUUCUGGCAGGGUUUUAUUUUAUGUGCCCAUUUUUCUGAAGAACAGCUGGGCGAGCACCUUCUAUACCUUUUGUACCGUGUUUCUCCGAAAAUAAGACCGGGUCUUAUAUUAAUUUUAGUCACAAAAAACACACUAGGGCUUAUUUUCAGGGUAGGGCUUAGAGCCAGUCUGUCAGCCGGUGUCCGCGCUGUGUAACCCCCCCAGAGACCCUCACCUCCCCCUCCCUGUAAUAUUCUCCCCUCCCUCCCUGUAAUAUUCCCCCCUCCCUCCCUCCCUGUAAUAUUCUCUCCCCCCUCCCUGUAAUACUCCUCCCUCCCUGUAAUAUUCUCCUCCCUCCCUGUAAUAUUCUCUCCCCCUCCCUCCCUGUAAUAUUCUCCCUCCCUCCCUGUAAUACUCUCCCCCUCCCUCCCUCCUGUACUUCCCUCCCUCCCUGUAACACUCCCUCUCCCUGUAAUAUUCUCCCCCACUCCCUCUCUCCCUGUAAUACUUCCCAAAUCUUCUACUCACCUGCUCUUCCCUGUAGCGUGGCCGAGCUCCUCUCCGGUCUGCGACCCGGCCGGACUGACAGGAAGUGCACACCCAUUGUGCACUUCCUGUCAGUCCGGCCGGGUCGCGGACUGGAGAGGAGCUCGGCCACGCUACAGGGAAGGGGAGGUGAGGCAGUGCGGCAGCUGUCUGAGCGCUCUCUAUAGAGCUCUCAGUCGGCUGUGGCAUUUAAAGGGCCGGAAGCUGCCGGCCCUGCCUAGGUCUUAUUUUCGGGGUAGGGCUUAUAUUGCAGCCCACCCCCAUAAUCCAGCUAGGGCUUAUUUUUGGGGUAGGGUGUAUUUUCGGGAAAACACGGUAAAAGGUUUGAAACAGAAUGCAUUUACAAAACAAUCUGCAAAUGUACAGGUAUGCAUUCUAUAUUUUUCAUGUUACAAUGACAUUCCAUCUUAUCCCAAAUAAACUGGAAUUGCUGUUUUUGCAAAGUAUCACAUUAUAUUGGAGCCAAGAGUCCUCCUGUUAGCAGAAUCAUUGCUCUUUAAAGUCAUGCAAUGUAUGAAACCGAAAUCUAGACAGACGGUACCUGAGUUCAUGAAGGACAGUAAAGUAUUGCUUUCCAAAGCAGUCAAGUAGAAUGUAUUGCUACAAAUGGAUCAUUUUAGCUUCAAGUUUUGUUCAAUGAGUAAUUUAUGUAUUUUGCAUAUUGCCAGAUGUCCACAACAAUUAUUAUUAAUUUUUUUUUAGAAAAAAGGCUUCCUACCCUUGAUGAUUACUAGCCAUGUUUGCAAAUGCAUGAGCUGCGUGUGUGACUUUGCCAAAUGUAAAAUUAAAUAUAUACUUAUCUUUCAUUUAUCUUUUAGAUUCAGAUUACCAAGUUCCAGAGAGAUGUGUCAGCCAGGGAAGGAAGUAGCAGUGAUUUGCAAUUGAGACUUCUUGAACUGACAGCCUCCUUAGAGGAGAGGGAAUCCUUAAUCAAGAGACAACAGGAGGUGAGAAUAAUUCCUUCAAAUCUUCCCAACUGUCCUGCAAGGUGUAUUCUAUCCUCCCUGAAUGUGCAUCCACGGCCAAAGGCAUUGACUCUUAUGAAAGACAGUGAAUAUCACACUAUAUGGAUUGAGAAUAUAGUGUAGGAAAGGAGGUAGGUACAAUAGGGGAGUACAGGAGGUGUUUCAAAAUGAAGGUAGGGGGACUAUGACUUCACACUGAUUCAUAAGAUUGGUCUAAAAGUAGGCCCUUUAUACCCAUUCUCUUCUCUAGAUUCUUCCAAAACUAAAUGCAUCAUUACUAAUAAGCGCUAGUGCUAAGAAUAUUAUACGACAUAUAAUGGUCAAUCUAUAGAAAUCAAGAAUAGCCCAAAAGUAGAGUUUACCAGUAUCCGUAUCAGUAUCAAUCAAGAACAAAAUUGACUUGUUACCUCAUCUUUCAGACCAUUUCUCAAGAGGUUACCACCUUGGUGGUACAGGGAUAAUGUGUGUUCUCAACCUUCAACCAAGACCUUGUAUAGCAAUACGUAAUGCCACAUGCUGGAGAUCCAGCAGAACUGUAGAUGAAAAAGUGUCUUAGUAUGGUGUGAAGAACCCAAUGCUCACAUCACGUGGUCCUUUGAGUAGACUAGUUUGGUCCCAGUGGAUUGUUCUAUGAAAUUAACUAACAUGUAGGAUUGAACUUUCUCAUCAAGGAAUACCACUGAAACAUAAGUCACACAUAUGGGAUUAGUUUAUUUGUUUGUUUUUUUUAAUCAUCCAAAUGAUCUAAUAGAUACAAAUAUCCAUUAUUGCAACAAAUAAUUUUUUUCUAUAUGUUCUUCAUUUUGCGAUAAGCAUAAUUAGUGUGUCAAAGGUUGUUGUUUCAUUGUUUUGUUAUUUUUCUUGACGCAACCCUCACUGUUAAAUGUCAUCUUUACAGGAACUACUUAGACUGAGGCAAGAGAGAGAGGGAAAAUCCGUGAACCAGACCGUCAUCACUGAAAGGUACCGGUUACAUAGUUUGGCAUAAUUUAGCAAGUGGAAAAUGAAAUUAUUUAUAAAGUACCUUUGGAAUUUUGUGACAUCUAAAAUCAAGGAGUUAUUCCCAAAACUGUGAAAUGUCAUGGAAUGAAAACUGAAUUGCCAAGAUGCAUGCCAUACUAGCAAGAAUAAACAGUUGAAUAGAACUAAAAAAUGAGGAUCAGAAGGUAAAGAGUAAAUAUAUUUUGUUGCUUGAACGUUACCCUGUCAAUAUUACUAUAAAAUAUUAUAAUUACAAAUAAAAAAACACUAAUUUUUAAUCCUCUUAAAAACUGUUUGUUUAUAUUGCAAAUUGUAUAAUGGUUUUACAAAUGUACUAAGUCCUGAUUUUGUAAUUUGUAUUUUUUUUUUUUUGCAGGUACAGAACAGAUUACCCUAUUCUUGGUCUCCUUAAUGAUUACAAAAAUACAUCAUCGCCAGUUAAGGAAAGACAGACAAUUGUUGUUAAGCGAACAGGGUGGUAAAUGGUAAGUGCUAUGUAUGGAUAGUUAAUCAAAGGGCUGAUACGUUAAAGCUAUGCAGUUUUGUGUUUUGUUUUUUUAUAUAAAAUACACCAACUCUGCUAAAAAUAUAAACAGUAACAUAAAAGCAGCACUGUCAUGCCGGACUUACCUUUCCCCAAUUGAUUCCUCUUCUUUCCCUCUGUCAGGAUCUGUUCUUCAUUUCUUCCUGUCUGGUCUAGUUUUCCUUAAAGGACCACUAUAGUGCCAGGAAAACAAACUCGUUUUCCUGGCACUAUAUGGUCUUUAGGUCCCCUCCCACCCAUAGGGUCCCCCUCCCGCCAGGCUCUAGGGGGAGGAAGGGGUUAAUCCCUUACCUUUCUCCAGCGCCGGCCUCCCUCUUUGACCGAACGUGCAUGCGCGGCAAGAGCCGCGUGCGCAUUCAGUCAGUCCAUAGGAAAGCAUUUUCAAUGCUUUCCUAUGGACGUCAGCGUCUUCUCACUGUGAUUUUCACAGUGAGAAGCGUGGAAGCGCCUCUAGCGGCUGUCAAUGAGACAGCCACUAGAGGCUGGAUUAACCCAUAUGUAAACAUUGCAGUUUCUCUGAAACCGCUAUGUUUACAGCAGGCAGGGUUAACCCUAGAUGGACCUGGCACCCAGACCACUUCAUUGAGCUGAAGUGGUCUGGGUGCCUAUAGUGGUCCUUUAAAACAUAAGACAAAGUAGGGACUAUUUGCUUUAGAGAGGUUUCCUACUCCUGACGAUCUAUGACGAGUGGAGGAGCAAAGUGUUCUGUUUCCUGUGGUCAGAGACAUUUCCCCACAAUUCUUACCUUUCCUCCGUGUCACGAUGCUUCCUGUCAGUAUUACUGAACGUCCUGUCAUUUAGACAGAACGCCAGCGAAACUACCGAAUUUCGUCCUGACCGAAUGAGAACAGUUUCUCCAUUCGUGUUAGGACGCAAUUCAGUCUUUGCUCGGAUCGGAAUUUUAUUCGAAUGAAUGAAAUUCCGAUCUGAUUCGUGCUGCGGCUGCAUCUUGCUUAGUAGAUAACUCCCUAAUUCCCACGGUAUCAGGGAGCUAUCUACCAAAAGGCUGAAAGAUCUAAAUUGGUCCCUCAGCCAAAUUUACUAAUACUAAGCAAAGAUUACUUAGUAUUGGUAAAUUCUGCCCCUACUCACUAUAUCACUUCAGGUCAUAGUGGCAAAGAUGACAUCAACACGGUUCAUUACGUAUUAAUAGCUUUAGGUGGCCGUAGCAAUCCUUUAAACACAGAUAACCCUUGGGAUGUCCUCUGUGGGAAAUCUAUGGACUGCAUCUACCACCUCGUCAUUAGCUGAUGUCCACAGGCUCUUUAUUGACACUGUUUGCCUGUUUUUGUAUAAUAUACAAAACUAUUGUGAAAUUUUCGACACAAAGUUGUGAAUUUAUGACAUGCAGUUUUAUUAUCAUGAUUACAAUUAACAUUGUUUUAUUUAUAUUUUUUACACAGGACUACAUGAACAUACAAAGUACAACAUCCUUCUUUGGAGAAUGAAUGUAUUGUGCAGGAUCAGAAUUGUGCACAGAAAUACUUGGCCAAAAGUAGUCUGAAAGUUACUGUAAAUUAAUCCUAUUUUUCAGUGUCACAGGUUUGCCUAUUACCAAUACAAUAACAAUGAGGGGGAUUCGGCACUUGGAAUGCUAAUAUAUGUUCUUCAGUGUGUACCUAACUUACAAUAAGUCUUUUGUUCAAUAGCGAACGUGGAGGCCAAUAAAAGUCCUAUCUUUUUAGGAAUUCAAGGCAAAUGAUUUUGACAAAGUUCAACCCGGUGUAGGGAUUGUGUGUAAUAUAUCAUGUAAACAUAUCCAUUUUACCUGUAUGAAUUAAGACUGGCAGAUGAAUUGUGGGAUUUCAACAUUAGGAGCCAUUCUAAUGUUCAGCAAUUAGUCAACACAUUACAUAGGUUUCCAAGGCGAUUGCUCUACAAUCGCUAUUUUCUAACCCACCCCCUUUAUGUCAGUGGACUUAAAUCGGCAUUACCAAUUAAAAAGUUAAUGAGCCACCUUGGUUAAAUCACCUUAUAUCGUUAAAUCUCUGCAAUGCAGUCCAGUCGUUGGUCACCAUAGUGUAUCCGCUUUGCUUAUAACCCAUACUACUUGCCCUCUAAUAUUUUGAAACACGACGGAAUCGAGAUAGACCGUAACAAUGCUCACAGAUGUUAUUACAUUUUUUUUAAAUGUACAAUUCCAAUUUUUAAUGCUGUCAAACACACAGAGUGGACAGAGUUGGAAAAAUUGCAUUUGUAUUGGUACCAAAAUUUGUGUUAAAAAUCCAGGCUAUUUAAGUAGACUUUUGUGAUAAUUCUGAUGAAUUUAGCUGGUAAUAUGUUCAUGGAUGGAGAAAUCUCCCAAUGAUUUCUGCAGAGUUGUUUUUAAAAUGAUUAACUAAACUCUAGUAUGCAACAUAAGACAUGUUCGGUAACUUCUCCUUUAAGAAAAAUAGGAAUAUGUGUUGGUAAAUAUAGGUGAAAGACUAAAAUACUGCAAUAUGUACACAGUGAACUUUAGAAAUAUAUGGACUGGAUCUUAUUUUGAGAAAUGGGUGUACUUUCUUGUAAAAUAACCUUAUUUUUCUGUCUUUUUCAUUAUCUUGUGGCCUUAUCCAGCAUAUCUCUUUUACAUGAUACGUCAUAAACUUGGUGCUAAAUGUACUCCCAAAAUAGUAUGCUUAUUACUUAAAUUCAUUGCAGGUAUUCACUAAAUCCCAAAUCGUGAAGAAAUGACAAGGGAAUUUUAGUUUUUAUAAUAAAAUAGCAAAAGUAGAGAAAUUAUCGAACUCAGCAAUUUGGCCUAAAACCUUAAAUUCCCUUGUCAAUAUACAGAUUUAUUGAAUAGACCUUAUUGAUUUCUGCCCUCUUAUCUACAACAGUAGUUUACAAACAAAAACUCUAGGUUUAACGCUCCAGGUUUUAGAAAUCUCCCCAUUUGAAGACCAUGAUGAAAACCAUAAAUAUUGGACAGUCAGGCAAAGUAGGCACCUGCCCACAAGCACCUGUCCUACAGGGGGCCCAAAUGGUCUGAUAGGGUGAGAUUAAUACCUGCACCUUAGAAUUAUGUGCCUACAUGCACCUUACAUGUCAAUGCACCACUGUAGACACUCAUUGAGACUUUCCGAAACGUUAUUCUUUUGUAUACAACCCCUAAAUGUCAAAGGGGCCUGAGGAAUGGUACUAUAGUGAUGAAACAGACAUGCUUUUAUAAAACUGUAACACAUUUAACGUGGUUUUAGUGAUACUUGAUGGAAUAUUAUUAUACAAAAACCUAAAAACAUCUCAUAUAUUGGUUAUUAUUCACUAAACAUAAAAUUCUGCAGACAUGAUAAUCAAAUUGCAAUAAUGAAGCAAAAUUAGACCAUUCUGAAAAACCGUUCUACAAUGAGCUCACGGUAUAGUGAAUAAGCCACACGCACAGGAAGUGUCUGGAAUUUAGAGUAAAUUCCUACAUAAAUCACAAGUGAAGAGCGGCUAUAUUGCAUUUUGUACUUUUAAUCCUCAAUAUUCCCUUAAACUAUACUUUGAAAGAAGGUCACUGAAUCGCGUACAAUGGUCAAUAUUUGGUGUCAUUAUUGCAGCUGCAUGGCAUAAAUAUUAGGGAGGUAGCUAAUAUGCUUUGCUUAAAGACUGGUAUAUUUUUAAGAUGUUCUAUAUUUUACAUAAAAUAUUAGUUUUGUGUGUUAUUACAUAUUCGCACUAUCUGACCAUGUAAAACAUGGGAACAAAUGGCUUCGUAAUAAAGCAUUUUACCCAAAACUAAACGGUGUGUGAACUGACUUUGUUUCC